GAAGCCUAGCCGGUGUGGGCUUCUGCUCCUUGGGAGUCCUCCUCAGCGGCAGCUUGGGAGAAGCGUUUCCUCUGCUGCGGUGAGAGAGGACCGAGGAGGUGAAGUCCUUUUUGUGUGUGUGGUGCAGCAGGCGAGGGCAAGGCAGCUGUAACUGCAAGGGGACUCUUGGAACGCCUCCUGCGCGGGGAGGCACGCGCGCAAAGAACACGCGCGCGCGCCUGAGAGUGUGUGUGGAACCCUCGGCUUCUCUUUCUCUCGGUGCAGGAGCAAAGGGCGGCUCCUGCGGGACCAAGGUGAGCGCACGCCAAAGCUCCGCGUCCACUCGGGGCUCCGCUCUGCCCAUUCCCGGAGGGCGAACAGGGGCUUCCUGGGGUCUUCGGCGGCCCUGGUGGGAUGACUUGACGCGAGUUUGGAGCUUUCGGCUUGCAGUGGGUUUGGUAUGAUUAUUGCUACUGGCGCGUCUGCCUGCAAGACGGCGGUGGCGGUGUCUGUGAGGUGGGCAAACCAAAAAAAAUUUAAUUAAAAUAAUAAAAAGCCUCCUUUUCUGUGUGACGAGGGAGAUGCAGGCCGGUCGGCCGGCCAGCCAGCCACUCUCUCUUUGGUGCAGCCGCCUCCCCAAGUUCGUCCUGCCAAAGUCGGUCGGCGGGCGGGGAGGGGACUGUUUUGGAGUAAGUGGACUGUGCAAUGCGACAGCGAGCUCGCUCUCUGGUUGUACACGCAGGCGGAGGGACCGAGAGAGAGAAAGAAGGAACGCAAGAGAGGAGAAGGAGAAGGGCAAGGAGGCGGGUGGAGAGAGGGUCCGCUGGAGACUGCGUCUGUGCGUGCGUGUGAAUGCGUGUACGCGGGCAAACUCGCUCUCCGCCUGCAUCAGAAGGAUGGGGGAGGAGAGAUGAGCAUUGGCAGGCUAAGCAUGCUUUGGACCUGACUUUGCUACGGGGGUACCGUUUUCCCUGUGCGGGUGAAAAUACAUUCAUCUUGUAACACGCUAUAAUUUGACACACGUUUGUUGCUGGAACGAAGUGGAGGGGGGAUGAUUCGGAGGGCUGGAUAAAUCACCUGACAGUGUAUCUAAUCCCCACGGAAGCAUGUGUGUUAGAAAGAGGGAGGGUUGUAUGAAGCACGGGAGGUAGGAAUAGACCGAGAUUGGCGUGUUUAUGUAUACAAGAGAGGAAGAAAGUAGGAGUACGAAGUUUAGGUGAGCAGAAGACAGAUUUGCAUGUGACACACAGGGAGAGAGAAAUGGGAGCCGUUGUAAGCAUCCUGGGUGUGCAAGGCUCUUUAGGAGUGAGAAGGUGGGAAUACUGUGCACAAAGAUGUAUGUGCAUAUAUAUAUAUAUGUCCAGGGUCAAUUAAUUCCAGAUAACUUCUGCCCUAGUUUUUUCAUCUAAAAUAGAACCAAUAUGGUUAAUAUUCCUUGUACUUAAAUGGUUUUAAUUUAACUACAGUAUAUGCCUCUGCUGCUGUUACUGCACUGAGGUGCCACAGUUAGGUGUGCUGCAUCUUUAUAUCUUGUUUCCCCAUCUGUCUCCUUUCCAUUGUAAGUGCUGGUUAGCUUCAUGCUGCGUAUGUGUGGGCUUGGGCAUGUGCCCAGCAAUGGGUGUUUGAUUUGCUAAUCCAUGCUGCCACCAACUUUAACUUUGCCCAUCGCUUUUUUGCGGGGGGGGGGCUAUGAUUAGGUUUCGCAAAUAAUUUGGUGAAGUUAUAGGAAGCAGCGCAGUUCUCCCAGUUACAGUGGGCCAUAACCACCUUAGGCCUGUGACCAGAUUCUUGUGUACUGCUGUAAACUAUGAGUGCCGUGCCGUUAAAGUUGACGGCACUGACCUACUGAUUGGGGUAACGUGAACCUGUAUGUCGUUCUCUCUCUACCUUUUAGACAAGCUAUUUUAGAUAAAACUCUAUUGAAAAGGUCUUCAAGGGCAUGAAUGAAGAUUGAAUCCUGCCUAGAUCUACUAGGUACAAGCACACGAUGCAGAACGUAACCCUUCCUUGGUGCAUUUGGGAACUGAUCCUGCAGGCUUCCCUUGAUCAAAACGAAUGUCAGCUACAUGUAACCAUGAAUCUCAGAAGCAUUUGUGAAACAGUAACAACUUCUGACGUUUCAAAUGUUUUAACUUUCUCUCAGCUUUUCACGUGCUAUAGUUACCACUUCAAGUGUACAAUAUGUUUCGAACACUUUAGGCUGCAAAUUUAAGCACACCUACUAGGACAAAAGCACCUGUUGAUGGAAUGAACGCAGUAGCGAUUGACUACAGAAAAGUGAUUUUGUUUAAGUGAGUGGCAGAGUGAGUUAGCUGAAAAGCAACCGUUGAAAGGAGAAGGGUGGCUGUGAGAUGAAGGGGGGGUUGAGAUGAGAGAAAUGUGUUAACAAGCUGGCAUGUAAAUGUGUCAGCAAGUUGGCUGGACCUUGUAGGAGUCUGAGCUGCCCAGUGAUACCUGGAGGAUCACAAGUACUCCACCCCACCCAUGUAUAGGAUUACACUACAUGAAUGUUCAAACAAUUAAUGUAUGUUGCCAGUAAUCCAUAAAGACGGGGAUUUUUUCCCCCAGACGGAACAUAGUGGAACUCAGUUCCAGCACCUCUCAGGUGGGUGCUGGCACCUUUCAGGUGGGCACCAUUGACAUUCUAAGAGAACUUAAAAAAAAAGAGCACUGCAUAAAAUAGUCUUGUAAAUUGGAGAUAAUGUAAAUCUACAAGAGAGUAGUGGGGUAGGUGUUAAGGCUGAGAAGAUGUGGCUUGCCCAAGGCCUCUUACUAAGAUAAUGGCAGAUGGGAGGUUUGAGGCUCUGUCAUUUGCAGUUCCCUCAGUCUCUUCUCUGUUCUGUGAUGUGCUUCGGUUUACUACAAGACUUCUCUUCAUUUUUAGACUGAAACUGUUUCCCCUUUAUGCUUAGGGAGUAGAAGAACAAAGAAUGAAGGGCAAACUCGUCAAAAGCUUCUGAGAGUUUGUCAUUCUCCAGCGAUACGUCUGCUCUGCAGGUUGCACAAUGAUUUGGAAAUGACAAUGCCACAUACUCCUUUUGCUUCUGGCUAUGCCGUGCUAGCGCUGGAAUAAGUGGGCUUCAAGCCAACAGACGAAACUCAAGUCCUGACUGUUGGCCAAAUACAAACCAUGUUGAAAUGAGAUGAGGCUCCGAAAUGGGACUGUGGCCACUGCAUUAAUUUUCAUCACAUCUUUCCUCAGUUUGUCUUGGUACACAGCAUGGCAGAAUGGGAAAGGUAAGUGGAAUUUUUUUCCUUGAAAAGAAAUGCAUAACUUUGUCUAUGUUUGUUAAUAUAAUUUAGGGUUGUGUGUGUGUUUUUUUAAAAGAUUGUGUGGACAUGUUGUGAGGUGGGGAAUCCAGUUUUUGUGAUAAAACAACCCCCAUCAUCCAAUUAGCCAUGAUGGGGCUGAUGGGAGUUGGAGUCUAAUAUCUGGAGGGCCAUAGAUUCUCCAUCCUUAUUUUAGACCAAUUUCAGAAAUAGUAUGUUGACUGUUUCUGUCUGCAAAUUUGGCGCUGCAUUUGAGGGCUUAACCCCCCCCCCACACACAAUGCAGAGCAGACCACAUCCAGAUUUCUGAUAAAUCUAACCAUAGAAGGAGAGAAUGAAGAGUACAGUAUUAGUUUGCAGUUUUUUCUCUCUCUGUGGGUCAGUGCACACCUGACAUUUGUAGGUCUCCAGCUUUUUUUACUUUCUUUUUAAAUAGAGUGCAAUCAUAGGAGCCAACUCCUAGGGGCCGAGGUCCCUUUAGGCACCCUAGAAAAUAUUUGAGGGGCCUGCCCUCCCAGUUGAUGGGCAUUGCCACUCAUAUGGUGUGCAUGCACCAUGUCAUUUUAUUUCAUUCAAGUUGGACCCCCGGAGUGGAAUGAAUUGCUGCUUUUUAUUUGAUUUAUGUUCAGAUAGUUCUCUCAACCCUACAAGGAAAUAAUUUAAAGUUUAUUUAAGUUUGCAACGACCAAGGUAUGGUACUGCACUAUUGAUCUUGGUUCCACAUGGUGGAGAGGGGGGGGAAGAAUCCCAAAGUAACUACAAUUCUGAGCUGCAGUAAUUAUUCAGAGAAUUAUGUCUUUGGCCUGUUUAGUGGUAGGGUACACAAGGCCAAUAGACUAAUCCACAGUAUUCUUUUAUGAAAGAUACUCACAGCAUUCUAAUUUUGUUGGUUAAUUGCUGGGAAACUGUUUUAAAAUAAAGUUGGGAUCCCCUCCACUUAAAAUGUUUUUAAAAUUAAAAAUACAUAAGUAACAUUUUAGAAGGGCCAAAUAAAUUACUUCCCACAGAAAAUAGUGCUGGUAAACAAAAAAUUGUGUGUAGGGUGUGUGUGAGAGAGAGAUUAGUGCUAAUGAAUUGAUUGACACUCGUAACUGCUCAGUUUCCUCCCCCUUUGGUAGAUGUUCCAGUGCUGUUCCCUAUGACAGUGCCAGAGGUUCAGUCAUGUUGACCCAUUCUACUGUUGCUGAUUUGGCAGAUUUCAAAGGAAAUAUAAUAGGAUUUUAUUUUAUUUGUGUGUGCAUUGCAAGCCAGACAUUAUUUGUGCUUGUAAAGUUCAGUAUAGGGAAGUGGUAGGAAAGAUCUCUCUCAUACACCUGGGAGAAACUGUGCCUGCCAUAGAACACCGUUCUGGGGCCAGUGGACCAUUGGUACAAGGUAGCUUCAUGUACAUAUGUAUUAGAACUGCUGCCUUUGAAACUAAAGACUGAUUUAUAUAUCAGGGGAUGUCUUUGGAGAUGUGCUUCCUGCUUCUUGCUCUGCCCAUUUAUCAGUGUUAUAUCUGUGUAAGUAUUCCUGGGGUCAUGUCCCCUUGAGCAGAGCAAAGUUUGCAUUGCAAGUAAAAAUGUAUAGAAUUGGACUGAGAGCAGGAAAAACUGCUUUUCGAAGGGGACAUGAAAUACUGUAACGUUGAUCGGCCAGGUGGAAAAUCGCCUGCAAGGCAGGAACAAGUCUUUCAGGACUUACAGACAAGAUGGUCUCUUUAUAAAUAGAGACCAUUUGGGAAUACAUAAAUGCUGCCUCUUGACUGAUGUUUUUAGUAUAUUUGAAAAUCUUAAAUGUUUUCUAGCUUCCACGGUCCAUUUCAUUCAGUAGCGUUAAUUUAUUCAUGUAGCUUUUAAGCCUUUUAUUUGAGUCGCAUGUCAGUCUGCCGUCUGCACUUCAGGCCAGGUGAUUCUGAAUUUUUUUCUUGAUAAAACUGAAAACAUUUACUAUAAUCUGUGCAGGUUAAAAUUUAUUUCGCUUGGAGUUUAUUUAGGCAAAUCACAAAAUAAACACAGUUAAUAAGAGAGGGCAUGCCUCACUGAAAACUCUUGCUCAUUCUCUAGAGACUAUUUAAUAUCGCAUUCACGCACUUCUGUUUUAGCAGGAUUUGCCUGCUUCUGACUUUCAUCUCUUUAGUCAAAGAGCUAUUUUCCUCUCCUUAUUAUCAACCUUGCAACAUUUGUAUCUCUUAGCAUUGCUUCUUCCAAGAGGCAACUACUUAUAUGUAGCUUGCAUGCCUAAAUGUACAGUAUGUAUGAGUGUGAUAUUUGUAUCCCAUGCUGCAUGCAAAUCAGAUGGCCUAAAUAGUCUGUUACUUUAAGAUCUGACAAAGUGCAGCAGGUUAAUUCAGUUCAUGAAAGUUGUGUUUCUUACACUUAACAAUAUCACCCACAGGGCAGAAAAUGACCCUAGGUUCACAAGUAAUUGAUUAUGACCAUAAGUUAUUUGCAACUCAGGUUUAAAGUUGAAUGCCUUGUUAGUCUUUUUCCAUAACUUAGGCUCGUGUCAAUGCUUAAUUGUUUUUAGGCGGGUAACUUAUUUCGGAAUACUGCCAGGUGUGCAUGCAGGAGCCAGGCCCUGUGACCAAUAGGACUUAACAGGACUGGGGCCUUCCUAAGUUUGUUCUGAAGCAGCAAGGCGCGGCCUCACAGGUGAGGCAAUUGGUAACUCACAGCACCUGGUGGCAAGAGCUGGGAAGGGAUAUAAGGUCAGCAUUUCCCUUCGGCUCUUUGCCACAGCAACACACUUCCUGCCUUGCUGUGUUUGGCUUCUUGCUUCCUGAUCCUUGAACCUCGGCUUCUUGACUCCCUGCUUCUUGAUCCUCGGACCCUUGGCUUCUUGACUCCCGGCUCUCUGACCCUUGGACUCUUGGCUUCCUGACUCCUGGCUUCCGGGCCCCCGUUCCUGCUCCCACCCCACCAUCUUGCCCCUGGUCCUGACGUCCCCUGCCGGGACUUUGAUCACCCGUGAACCGGACCGUGACAAAUACAGUGGUACCUCAGGUUACAGAUGCUUCGGGUUACAUGUUUUCAGGUUGCGGACUGCGGGAAACCUGGAAGUUCUGGAAAGGGUUACUUCCGGGUUUCGCCGCUUGCACAUGGGCAGAAGCGCCAAAAUGCGUCAGGCGCAUGCACAGGCCCAGCACUGCGAGUUGUGGACGUGCCUCCAUCACAGAUUACAUCCACAACCCGAGGUUCCACUGUAAUCCUGUCAACAAGCAGUACAAUAGAUGCUAAAUUGCAUUCAAAAUGAAAGCCAUCCUUUCGGUGUAGUACACUAGGUCACCCCUCUCUACGAGCUUAGUUCUGGUUUCAGGUUUUAAAGGCCUGUUUUUGUGGGGUUUUUUUUUAACUAUGUAGAAAUUGUGUUUACGAAGUGGUUUCCAUAGCUGCAUCUAUACACAUAAUUCAGUUGCUGAAAGCCCUGUUCCUGUUGCUGCUCUUUCUAGGGUAAUACACAUAUCUUUUAAAAUCUUUGGUACUUAUCCACUACAGCAGUUAUAUGUGUCAAGCAGCAACACACCAGUGCUUAUGUGGACCUUUUAAAACUGGAAAUGGAACAGACCCCUGUGUUGACCAAAUAACCAGUAAUAAUGGUUCCUUACAUCCAAUCUUGUUAACUGCUAUGCCUAUGAGCACUCUAUAGGGCCCAUUAUAUAUCCCAGCUUCUCUCUGUCUGCUUAAAUUUUGGUCACCUGGGUUGUGCUCUUCCUGGAAGUGGUAAAUGAUGUGAGCUCUCUUCAGUUGUUUGCUUCUCCCUAUAUGAUUACCAUCACUUGAGGGGGAACAGCUUGUAGUCCCUGCCCUCCCCUCUACAACACCCUCGUCACCAUCUUCAUUGUCACCCAGUGCUGGGAAAUGAACUAUGGCAGUGGGGGGAAUCUGCUAUGCUACACCAGGGGUCAGCAAACUUUUUCAGUAGGGGGCUGAUCCACUGUCCCUCAAACCUUGUGGGGAGCCAGACUAUAUUUUGAAAAAGAAAAUAAUAAUAAUGAAUUCCUGUGCCCCACAAAUAACCCAGAGAUGCAUUUUAAAUAAAAGCACAUAUUCUACUCAUGUAAAAACAUGCUGAUUCCCAGACUGUCCAUGGGCCGGAAUGAGAAGUCGAUUGGGCCGGAUCCAGCCCCUGGGCCUUAGUUUGCCUACCCAUGUUCUACAUCACACAGAGAGCUUCCGUGAGUAGAGAAGACCUGCUGCAAAAGUUGCCUUUCCAACAUUGGGGAAGAUGAUAAAGGCAUGUGGCUAAUGUGUCUGUCUCUUCAGAGGGCUCUUGUGUUCUGUCAUAUCCUGCCUCAAAGUACAGUUGGCUGAUUCCUCCUUUGCCCAUUGUGUUCACCAUUUUAAAAGGCGCUGCUGAUGCAAGCAGUCAUUGAGCAAUGAAUGCUGGAGGAAAUGAUCUCCAGGGGGACUCCUUUGGUGAAAAUCCACAUCUGGUUUCCAGUGUGUCAUUUGAUGCAUACAGUUAGCACUAUACACACACACACACACACACACCUUCUAAUAUGAUAUACUGUGCACAUCUGUUGACUAUUCAGAUGCUACUUGUAUUUGUAAGCUGACUUUGUAGGCUCUACACUUCGACCUUAAUUAUUCAUGUUCCUCCUGAGACAGUGUCCCAAACCCCUCAUUCUACUGGCAUAUACAGAGGACUCAAGGGAGAGGAGGCGGCCAUGUUUCACCUGUUUCCAGGCUUUGGGGAUGUCAGAUGUAGUUGUAGACUACCUCCCAGAACUCAAUAUGGUGCAAGACUGACACCCCACUCUAUGAACUAUUUGUGUGUGAAGGAUAACUCAGUGGGAGGGCUAGGGCCCUUUUCGCUAUGCAUAUGUGUCACUUCCUGAGCUUGAGGGCAAGAGGCUUCUGGAAGGAGUUUUGAUUUGCUUCUGGCAGCCACAUUCAUGGACCCUUUUGAUCUGCCUAACAAACAACAAAUCAGCUUAUUGGGUACCAUGGUCUAAGGUACACACACACAUACAUGUGAUGUGUAUAGUCAGCUAAGAAAUGGUUGAGUGUGCAUAUUCCACCUUUGGCUCAUAGCUGUCAACCUUCCCUUUUUUUGCGGGAAAUUCCUUUAUUCCAGUGCCAUUUCCCGCUGCUAUCCCGGAUUGUUAGAUAUCCCGUAGACUGUCCCCGGGACAGGUGAGGCUGCUGAUCCCUUAUUUUCGAGGCUGCUGAUGCAUUAUUUUCACAUCUGAAAGUUGACAGCUAUGCUUUGGCUACGAUGCUUUGAUACCUUGAAAUGGUCACAGACAUUAUCUGAAGAGAAUUUGUCACAAUAAGAGAUGAGGAGAAGGGUAGCUAUGGUGACGGUAGUGGCAGCUCAAGUUGGCAGAAGGGGAGAAAUUGCAUCACAGUGGAGGGCUAGGAGGCAGGAAGAGUGAAGCGGAAGAGAAGAAGCAGAUAUAUUGGGAUGUGGAGGCAGCCUGAGUUUGGCAAGAGGUCCCAUGGCUGGAUGACUGUUUAGGGAAGCUUCUGCUGUUUGCUUUGGUACCAAAGAUGAUAUAUUGGGGAAACAAUUCGGAGAAGGGAGAGCCAAAGUGAUGGAGAAUCCGGCAGCAUGUGGUGUGCCUUCUUUUUUCUCCUCCUGUGCCCAGGGUGUUUCACAGGCUUCUUUCAUGUGGAGCAUGUGAUCUUGUUUUCAGUAUUCUAUAGUUUUCUGGAGCAAAUAACCACAGCAGGGUUUCCCAAACUUGGGUCUCCCAUCUGUUGUUGGACUACAGUGCCCAUCAUCCCUAGCUAGCAGGGCCAGUGGUCAGGGAUGAUGGGAAUUGUAGUCCAAAAACAGCUGGAGACCCAAGUAUGGGAAACUGGUCCUAAGUAUCGCAAUUACUUUUUUUUUUAUUAAUAAUUUCAAGAUAACAAAAUGUCAAAACAUCUCAUAUUCAUUAUUUCCCCCCCUUUCCCCCCACCUCCCCAUCAAACCCUCCCCCUCCGAGACUUCCCUCAGGUCCUCUCUCUGAUUUCUCAACUUAUAUUGUUCUCUGCAUACUGUAAAAUUGUAUAUCUUCUUAUAUUAUCUAUCGACUAUGUUAACAAUCAAUAAAUUUGUGUUUUCUUAUUCAAAACCUGCCAAGGAGUCCGAUUCAUUUUGUUGUCUUUUCAAGUAAUUUGUAAAAAGUUCCCAUUCUUCUAAGUAUCGCAAUUACUAAUGCAAUAAUCUGAAUUCACCCACUAGCAUUCAGGAACACCCACAGUUGCUCCGCCACUCCUGUCCUUCUGGAGAAUCAGUUUUUACGCUGCAAAUGUGCAUUUGUUUCACAUAUCAUCCUUCCGAUGUAUGCUUCUGUUGUGUUUUGUAUCAAACCUUGGUUAGUGAAGCGAGAGCUUAACUGUGAAUCCUGGUUCAGAUGACACACCAAGCCAAAAUUUUGCUAAUGCAGUGCAGCAGUAAAAAGGAACAAAGUGGUUGUGAGAGCUCUUUUCUAUCUGUGAGAGCCCAGCCAUUUGCAUUGUCUCACAAAGCCAUAGUUUGGCUUAGCACACCAUGCAAACAUUUUCAUUUGUGUGUAAUUGAAAUACUUUUUAAGGAAUAUUAGCUGGUUAAGAUUUUGAAGCUGUUUGAAAAUGCAAUCCAAAGCUGAUAGCUUGAUGUAAGUAAAACACAUUCCAUGUGCAAACCGAUUGAGAGAAUAGUGGUUACUAAUUAGGUGAGAAAUGUUACUGGUGACAGAUGGCUCUGUGUAAAUUAAAUGAACUGUACUACCUGAUUAGAGUUUCAUCUGGAGGAUAAUUGCAUUGUCGUCUUAUCGUUCUCUUCUCCGCAGUUUUUUCAGGUCAAAAUGUCUCUUCAGUGCAGUGAUACAUUAUAUGUAAUGAUGGUCCUGUAAGUCCCAAAUUAGGGCUUGAGAUAUCCUGAUGCUAAAUUAUUUACCACUAAAGCCUGUGGCCCAAAUCCCAUUUUAACACUAUUCAAAGGCUUUCAAAUAAAAUAGGAUAGAUGUGGCAACCCCCUGCAUGUGCAUUGCAAGAACCAAAACUGAAAAACCGAGUUAGCUUCUGCAAAGUAUUUGCUUUAAAACAUUAAUUUUUGAAAUAUUGGGAAAUACUAGAAAAAGAUGGAGACAAUUGGAAAUUGCAGAGUUUGGAGAAAAUGAAAGACAAAGUGCGAGAUUGGUUACACUAUGCUCAGAUUAAAGAAGUUUUUAAAAAUGAUAAGAAACUAGGGUUCCAGGUGGAGAAAUCGAAAUUAGAAACAGAAUUGUUAGAAUCAAAGACUAAGAUACUUUCAAGGAUGUAUAACUUGCUGUUGGAAUGGAAUACACAAGAUGAAAUGGUCAAAUCGGCUAUGAUAAGGUGGGCACAGGAUAUUGGGCAUAAUAUUAUGAUUGAGGACUGGGAAAGGCUGUGGAGUAAUGGAUUGAAAUUUACUGCAUGUAAUGCUUUGAAAGAAAAUGUAAUGAAAAUGAUUUAUAGAUGGUAUAUGACCCCAGUCAAACUCGCAAAAAUUUACCACCUGUCUGAUAACAAGUGCUGGAAAUGCAAAGAGUGUGAAGGAACGUUCUUUCACCUCUGGUGGACCUGCCCUAAAGUGAAGGCGUUCUGGGAAAUGAUUUAUAAUGAAUUGAAAAAGGUAUUUAAAUAUACUUUCACUAAGAAACCAGAGGCUUUCCUUUUGGGUAUUGUCAGCCAAGGGGUGGCAAAGAAGGACCAGACAUUUUUAUGUAUGCAACAACAGCAGCAAGGAUACUACUCGCAAAACAUUGGAAAACUCAAGAUCUACCCACACUGGAAGAAUGGCAGAUGCAACUGAUAGACUAUAUGCAACUGGCUGAAAUGACUGGCAGAAUCCGUGACCUGGGAGAAGAGAGAAUCGAGGAGGAUUGGAAGAAAUUUAAGAACUAUCUACAAAAACAUUGUGAUUUGACUGAAUGCUGAAUAAGAUGCUAGACUAAAUAACUGAGCACCACUUAACUUAGAAGUUUUUAAGAAAGUAAGAAAAACUGUGAAAGUUUAACUCUUUAUGAGAACUUUAAGAUUAUGAAAUACCAAAGAGAUAUAAGAACUUAAAUAAGAUGAUAAAUUGCUGACAAAAUGUUAUAAUGAUGAAGGUGGGAGCGGGAGGUGUGAGGAAGUCCAAAGAAAAUGUGAAAUUAUGUUAAGACGAAUGUUAUAUUGUUUAUUACACUUAUUCUUAUUGUAAAAUCCAAUAAAUUGCUUUAAAAAAAAAAAUAAAACAUUAAUUUUUGGAAAAGUUUUUAACUAGUCAAAACUUUGUAUUCAAGUCAGCUGUCUAUCACAAACAUUGUAAGAGCUGACAUGGCUGUCUUUGCAAUUUGAUAUUACAUAAAUUGUAUAACUCAAGGGGCUCAGUUGUUGGUCAUUUAGCGGGAAGGGGACAUAUACUCAAAGUUGCAGCUAUUCUGUAAUAGCCCAAGUGUUUGGGUAAUGCUGAUACAGGUAAGUCUAGUACUUCUGUAGUACGUGGUUAUUAAUGUCUUAUUGUUUGAUGACCACCUAUAUCUCAAGUCUCAGUGGAUUGUAUACUGUACUCCAACGUGCCAUAAUUUUAUUACUUGUAUAUUGUGUAUACAAGUUUAUGAUAUAUUUAAAAAAAUAGUAAGAUAAGAUGCAGUAGAAUAUGUGGGUGUAAGAUCGCCUAUUUUUGACUACAGGAUUCAGCUGCACCACUGCUGUUGGAGGUGUGCAGCUGUUCCAGGACCUUUCCUGGUAUCAGCGUCAAGUAGACUAGUCAGUAGUUGCCUCUGUCCUUCCCCCAUCUUUUGAAGAUGGGGACCUCACUUGUUCUCUUAAUAAUUCUUUAAGACUAUAGACAGAGGCUCUGAGAUUACAUCUGCAAAUUCCUUUAGUUCUCUUGGAUGCAGCUCACUGGGCCCUGGAGAUUUGAAUUUGUCUAAAGUAGCUAAGUGUUCCCAUACCACCUCCUUUCCUAUCUUGGGCUGCGGCUCCCUCUCUGCAUAACUUAUUAAAAUAUUGGUAGGUUUGGCACUGUUCUCCUUUUGGGGGGGAAGACGGCUCAAGCUGUGUAAUCUGCAUGGCUGCCUUCCUGUUUAUUGCACAGUCACCUUCCUGGUGAUAGAACAAGGUCCCAUGUGUAGAUGGGAUGAUCCUAGUUCCUUCCUUUGUUUCCCCCCAAAUAAACUUCCCAUGCUUAAAAGGCACAUUGCAGCACAAUUCCAGGAAGGUGACUCUGCAAUGACUGUAAGGCUACUGUCCAGUAAAGCUACAUUGCAUUCCAACUUAAUUUUUCUGUUAGAUUACUGGUGGGGAACAAGUACACUCCAAAUAUUGUUGGACUCUAACUCCCAUCAGCUCCAGUGACCCCAUCAGUGCUUUUUUUUAAAAGGGAGGGGUACUUAAGGGUACGCAGUACCAGCACCUCUUUUUCUAGGAAAAAAGCACUAGAGCCUAGCCAAUGUUCAAGGUGGAUGGACAACUCAAGGAGUCCAGCAACAUUUGGAGGGCACAGAAUCCUCAAACCUGAUCUAGACUAUCUUCAUCACACCCACCUCCCUGCCCUUGUGAUUGCUCAUCCUUCUCAAAUAGUGCUUUCACACUAGACCAUAAUCCCUUGCAGCUUUGUUUACCGUAUUUUUCGCCCUAUAGGACGCACUUUUUCCCCUCCAAAAAUGAAGGGGAAAUGUGUGUGCGUCCUAUGGGGCGAAUGCAGGCUUUCACUGAAGCCUGGAGAGCGAGAGGGGUUGGUGCGCACCGACCCCUCUCACUCUCCAGGCUUCAGGAAGCUAUCCGCAAGCCUAGGGAGCCCGGCGGGAAGUUCUGCUGGUCUCCCAAGGCUUGCGGAUAGCAGCCUGUUCUGGGGGCUGGGGAAGCUCGGGCUUCCCCCGCCCCAGCCCCCGCCUGGGGGGGAGAUAAAAAUUUUUUUCUUUAUUCCCCCCCCCAAAAAAAACUAGGUGCGCCCUAUGGGCCGAUGCGCCCUAUAGGGUGAAAAAUACGGUAGAUUGAAGCCCUAGUGUGAAACUGACAUGUUUAAAUUUCUCACAUUUUUUGAGGCAUUCAUUCUUUCAUUCAUUCAUAUAAUGAUCCAGUAACUGUCUGGUAUUGCUCCAUCUUGUCAGAACUUAGAAAGUCCAACUUCUUGAGAAGAACAGUCUUACAGUAUCUGUAGGUAUAAAUUCCCUUAGAAGUAUUCUACUUGUCUCUGGCCUAAGGGAUAUCAGGCAGAUUAAAUCUUUUGCCACUAGACUCACCUUCAUCAUUACGUUUCUGGUGGGUGUUCUCUUAUUACCCUAUUUGUUUUAAUUGCUUUUGUAGUUAAUUGGCCCUAAAACGCUUCUCUCUCUUAACCCCCCCCCCCAUUUGCACAAUAGUUCUUAAAUGAGAGAAAAAUUGCACUAAUGAAAUAAAUAUUUGGGGUUCUUUUCUUUUCUUUUCUUUUCUUUUAAAAAAACCCUGCUGCUUUUCUGGCCAUUGCAAUUUUAGCAACUCCUCCCCUAGUCAACAUAUCUUACCCAAACCAAAACAUCAAUUUUGCUUGAUCACUGUUUAAAAUAAAUCUUGAAAAUUUAAGCAAAAAAAGUUUUCAAAAAGUUUUUUUAAAUGGUGAACAGCACCUCCCUCUCACCCAUGUCAUGCCCACAGAUAUAAAUGGAACAUAGGAAGGAAAAGUGACACCCCCCCAAAAAAAAAUUCAACCAUGAAAAAUCAAAUGCAAUUCUGCUGGAGGUUGCAAUGGAAUAACAAUUAGUGGAUAGGAGCCUUCUGUCUAGAAGCAUUAAAGAUAAGGCUGGGUGUAGGUAGAUCACCCCCUUUUCCCCUACUGCUGGAAAGAAUGGGUUAAUUACAAUCAUAAGAAUGACUGUUUUAGUUGAAAAGGUGAUCUAAAAUUUUAUACAAGAUAUGGAUGAUGUAUGCACUCAGAUUGUAUUUGCCUAGUUACCAUGCUGAAUAGAGCCUAUUCAUUUUAUUGACUUCAGUCUCCAAUAUUUUCCACUGCAGAAGCAGCAGCAUAUCUGGAAAUUCAUUGUGAUCCCUGCUGAAUGCAGGAAUGUUGUUGUUGAUGAUUUUAUCUUCUUGUUGGGACCACUGGCAAAAUCUGUUCGCAUAUACUAUACAUCCCCAGUGCCAAAAUGCAAAACGAAUAGCCAGGUUUUGAUCAAAGAAGCAGAGCUGUAAAUUAGCUUGCUGAUCUCACCUGGAACUUUCAGUACAUAUCUUUAGGCACCAAGCAAAAAUGUUGCUCUAUAACCAGGCCUUUUGGCUGGUUAAACAUGCUACAUUGUGGGAGAGGGGGUCAUUGGCUUGUUUUUGUUUUAUUUAUUAUGUAUUUUUUGUUUUCAUUUUGGAUUUUGAUGUUGUGAACUGCCCUGUGAUCUUUGGAUGAAGGGUGGUAUACAAAUUUAAUAAUAACAGCAGCAACAUAUAAGGAAACAAAUCCUCAACACGGAACUGUAGUAAAGGACUUAUCUUUCCAUCCAGAUCAUGGACUUAAUUAUCCUUAUUGUUUGAAAGCAAUGCACAGACAGAGAACCAUAUGCUUGCCUCAUUUGACCUUCAUUUGGGGCUGAUCCCCCCUCCCCGUGCUAAAGUCUGAACCCCUAGCUCAUAAUUGAUAAGAACAAGCUUUUUAGUGUUCAACACGGUAUUCAGGUACAUCUGUACAGGAAGUGGAUGUUGCUAACACCACGUUUUUAAUUGUUCCGAUCUUUGCUUUUUCUGGCAACUUUCCUUUCCUUCCGCCAGCUUUUAAAAUGAAGCAGUGGUUUAUUUUGGUUAUGGCCAUGUGUUUGGGUUUCUGUGAAUAUCCAAGAACAUCAAUUGUGUCUAAAACAAGAAUAUCUUUGUGUUAGCAGAGUUCGCCAAACUUUGAACUUGCCUCUGAAAAUCUGCAGGCUUUCAAAAUAUGUGUUUUUGGUUGAAAAGCAUGUCUAAUUGUCUCUGUUCAUUUGUUUGGAUGCUUAACUCUUCCAAGCUGUUAUACUCCUUUAUUUUUAUAUUCAUCUCACAGCCAUGUUCAUACAGGGAAUGUUGCAUCAUAUUGUAGCAACUUGUUUUUCGUUAACAGUCUUGGUGCGGCAAGUUGACUUAUUCCCUUCGCCAUCUCAUUAUUCCUACCUGCCUUUGCCUCUUCCAGUCACAUCCUUGCAGAAAGAUUAUUCUGUAGCCAGAUGUGUCAAAUUAAAGUAACUGAAUGCUGGCUUUUACUAGUCAGUAGAGAUGUGACUUCGUUUGUUUUUCCACAUUAUAUUCGACAUUGAUUCAUAGGAAUUGUUCCCCAGGCUAACAGUUAAUCAGAAGUCCUGUCUGUGCAUUGGUCUCUGAGAUAAAAUGUCCUGUCUCAGAAAGUCCCUCUGGCAUUCUGGUAUGCCUCUUCUCUUAAAGACAAAAGCACAUGGUUAAGCUCUUACACUGUGUUUUCAUAGACAUUUUAAUGUUGGUGUGACUCCCAAUGCACCUGUGUCUUUCAAGUGUAAUAUGAGAAACAAUCCCUAUUACUAUUCCUUGGUGAAUGGGGGAAUAGAUUGACUUGAUGGAUUAUUUAAUAGUUUAGAAGAAAUUACCUAAGUGUGUAAAGUUUAGGGAGCUUUAUUUACCAAUUCAAAGUCUGGUUGAUUGGUUUGAGGGUUUUUUUUUGGGGGGGGGGUUAAUCUCCCCCCCCAAAAAAAAACCAUUAAAGGGCUUGAGGGAACUGAAUACUUCUAACAGAUAAUGCGUUCACAGUUUAAUAAACCUGCAAAACGAAAUCUAAUUAAAUUUGACUUUUGGCCAUGUUUUUCACACCAGCCAAAGCUCUCAACCCACUUGCAGAAUGGACCUGCCCAUGCAAUGGGAUUUCCUCUUUUCCCUACUCACCAGUUUACAGCAUCCCCAGACCCGCUUUUGUGCAUUGGGGGACCUCUCAGAGUACAUUUUUAGGCACAGACUAGAAGAAAGGGGAAGUCCUAUUGUGUCCACUCAUAAAGCGUUGGGUAUUGCCCUUACAUCUGUACAGAAUUAUCUAGAUAUAUUCCUUUCUUUCUUUAAUUUUCAGUUUACAGUGCAGCCUUGUACUUCUUUAUUCACAACUAUGUCCCAUGAAAUUUAAUGGGAUUUAUUCUCGUGUAAGUGGGCAGUGUUAGAAAUUAGCCCACCACCAGGCGUGUUUUGUGACUGGCGCUGGUCCAAUCACAACCACGUGGAGAUCUCUGGAUGCCAGGCUGAUGACCGGGGAAAGCAAAAUGUCACUUAGAGAAGGAUCUGAAAUAUUUGUUUUAUUCUAGGUUGUUCUGUUUGAUGUUUUAAUGUGUUGUAAACCACUUUGAGACUUGUUAUAGCGAUAUAGAAAUGAAAUCAUCAUCAACAACAACAACAAAUCCCAUUGUGGGGGGAUAUGGGGCCUAGACAUUCCAUUGUGGCAACUGCAACUCAGGUUUAUGGUCCCAUUUGGUGAUUAGCUUAUAUAUCUGCUCAUCUAACAAUUAAAAUGGGUGUAGGAUUCCAGCUGCACACUUCUUUUCCAAUUUAAAUAGCUUGUAGAACUUUUCUUUCCUCUCCCUUUUAUCUCCCUGAUUGAUAGUAUAGGAGUAGUUGUUCUGUGUUUGGUUGUUGUUUUUUGCUUUGGUGGGACUGCUUACUCUACAGAAAUUAUUCACCCAUGUCAUGCACUCUGAAUGUUGCAGGGGCAAGAUAACAUUAACUGUUGUGUUUUGACCUUCUCAUGUGCUGCUAUCAUUUGUGGCUUAUAUCUAAGGCCUUGCCUUCCUGCUAUCCUUUUUCUUAUAAAACCAUUAGUAUAGAACCAGCAUAGAAAAUUGUUGCAGAGGGUAAAGCGGCUCAGAUUCAGAACUGAUAAAAAUAAAAAAAGAUCAUUGCUUAGUGUUAAACUGAUACCAAAGUAAAUGAACCUCUCUCGGGAGGGUAGUCUGCAGCUGGAGUGCUUCUGUCCUGUAGUCACUUUGCAGGAGUGUUUGGAGAAAAACCUUGAAGGGUCUUAAUGUCAGGUGGGUAUGUACCAUAUUUUUUGCUCUAUAAGACUCACUUUUUCCCUCCUAAAAAGUAAGGGGAAAUGUGUGUGCGUCUUAUGGAGUGAAUGCAGGCUGCGCAGCUAUGACAGAAGCCAGAACAGCAAGAGGGAUUGCUUGCUGUUCUGGCUUCUGAGAUUCAGAAUAUUUUUUUUUCUUGUUUUUCUCCUCCAAAAACUAGGUGCGUCUUGAGGUCUGGUGCGUCUUAUAGAGCGAAAAAUACGGUAUGCAGUGAGAUGGACUUCCAUGUACCCAAGUUUCUGAACUAUCAUCUUGAAUUGGGCCCAUAAAUGGCGUGUGAGCCAACGAAUGGAUAAUUACUGCCCUGAUGUGAUUAUAUUGGGCAGACUUUUAGCCAUGUUCUGGUAAUUUCCAGACUAGUUUUAAAGUCAGUAUUUCAUUUGGGAGACUACUAGGGUGUAGAUCAAUGAAGCAAGACUCUUGCUAUCCAGGUAGAAUUGCAGCCAGGUCUCAGUGUCCUGGGGGUUACAGACUACUUUUCCCCUCUAGUUAUAAAGAUGGAUCAGUGAGCAUCCCCCAGUAUCGAUCUUUGGGGUAGAGCAACCCCCAGUGAACAGGUUGAACACUAGUUAUCUGGACAUAAGGCCCACCUGUUGACUAUAUCUUAUAUGAGUUGAGUUUCUGCUCACUGGCUCUCAGUCAGCCAUUUAUACUCAGUACAGAAACAUAGGCCAGGAUUCAACUAACCCAGCAUGCUAGCGAACGUCAGCACAAGGGCUCCCAUUAGUGCAAUGGGGUUUGCACCCUCUCCUCCUGCACCUGCUCCCAAUCAUUUCUGGAAUGUUAGGAGAACCCCCAGAACAGUGCAACGUGGAGUGGAGGAGGAGGAGAGGGGGAAUCAUUCUGGCUAGCAAGCAGAAAUGUUUACCCUGAUGCAUAGGAGCCAACUCCUGGGGGCUGAGGUCCCUUCGGAGCGCCCCAUAAAAUAUUUGAGGGGGCUGAGCACCCCAAAGUUGAUGGGCAUUGCCAUUCACAUGGUGUGCAUGUGCCAUGUCUUCUUAUUGAUUAUGCAGAGAAGGGCGUACCUGCUCCCCUCCCCCAAUAUUUUAUUCAAGUUGGCACCUGAUGGAGCAGUCAGAAGAGCAUGGCAUUGAAUUCCUCCCAUAGAGGUGACUUUGAUAUAGCACCUCACAUGUGAGGACCAUGGGAGCAUAUGUCACCACUGCUAGGGUCACGUAGAGGCGGUCUCUUAAUGAUGACUGAUCUCUGUACACACAUCACUGUGAUUCUCAUGGUGGUGGGUCCUGGCUGAAGAGUUCUAUGUGGCCACCAGCAGCAUACCAUGCACCAGAGACGGUGUUAGAUAAAUAAGCUAGGCACCAAAUGGCUCCUUAAACCAAGGUUCCUAAGAUUCAUUCUGAUUGUGAAGAUAAAAUACAAUGGCUAGAAUACCACAGGAUGUGUUGUUAGUGUGUGAAAAUAAUCAAGAUCCAAUGAUCCCCAGGCAUGCACCUCCAGGUGGUGGAGAUGUCAGGCGUCAUCCUGGUGCCCGGGCCUCUUCACUUGAUCGCAAAUGGCCAAUAGCCAGGUGCAAAAUGCUCCUGGCGCCUGGCUAAUUUCGAAUGCUGUGCAGAAAUAACUCUUCUGUAUGCAGUAGUGGUUUUCUGAACUAGCCCAUAGUAUUGAUGGUGACAAUUGGUCCAGCCCCUUUCAGAAACAGGAAUCCUGCCAAGGACUAUACAUCUUCCUUUCUGGAGAGCGGCACUCUUGAAUAUGUGUUGGAUAUCAGGCAAUAAUGGUGCAUUUGCUACUGUGGAUUCUUUUAGCUUGAUACAGAGACCCUCUUUUCUGAUGAUGUUGUGGAAUUACCUAGGCCCAAUGAGGGUUCCCCCCCCCCUUGUAUCUUAUGUGGGAAGAAGGCAAGAAUGGUUGUGGCUGAUGAAAAUUUGUGUGGGUGUAUUUAAAUCUGUCUUGGAGAAAAGCUUUGAGGAUGGGGAAAGGUUGUGUAAUGAAAUCCAAUGAAGGUGUAGGCAGAGUUACUUUUCUCAGAAUGUGAAAUGUCAAGCCUCUUCAAAUAUUUACAUUUAAUUUCUGAAGUGGAUUACACAAUAAUAACAGAGUUUUAUACGCUCUUAUGCAAUGUCUUGAGACAAAAAAACCCCUUCUACACUGGCAGUUCCUGAAUGCUAUAUUAUGUCUGUUUUUCAUGCCCCUGAAAGCUCUUGUGAAAACAUUUCACUAUACUGUAUAAAAAUGCUUUUUAUAUGUGGCCAGUGGGGGCGGGGGGCAGAGAGCAGAUCUAACAAUAGAGCGAAAAACAUUCUAGAUUUUUAAAAACCGAAAUCUUCUAUGGUAACAUUUGUUACCCAGGAGAUAAGAGAAGAUUAUUAAUACAGCACAAAAUUAGUCUGGAUUUUGCAGACAUGUAAAGAAAGAAGAUGAAACAAGGAUUGAAGUAUUUAGCCCACUUUAUGAAAUUUCCAUUACAUGACUGUAAACAAUGGCAUCUGAAACUUUUCUUUGUAGUGUAUGUAUUUCCUUGCCCUUUUCUUGUCUGGGGAGUGGCUGUGGUGUUUGGAAUAGUAUCAUUACAAAUAUUUUUAAAAUAUGGAAAUAUGUAAGUGAAGACUGGAUAUACAUCUGUCAAGGAUGCUGUAGUUGUAUCCUGCACUGCAGAUUUUGCAUUGAGCAAGGAGUUAGACUAGAUGACAUCUGAGGUCCCUUCUGACACUGCAGUUCUAGGAUCUGACUUACCACAUGUUUAGACUGUCUCUGGGUUUGACUCGUGAUAGUCUCUGACCACGGUCACACUUCUUUGGCUAGACUUGUAUGCUGUACUGCACAGUGCAAAUGUUAAAUAAAUGUCUGUUGUAAGCUGUAACUGAGCAAUGAGUUUUUCCUCUGAGGCCAAAUCAGGCAGUACAACCACCAGGGCAUUCAUAUUUAAGGAAAGGAAGUUGUCAGUAGGAAGUAUUAAACAAAAUGGGGGAAAAGCUCUUUAAAAAAGGUAUUUUAUCACUGAUAACCAGGCUUUAGGGAUUAAAAAAAAAAGGUUAGUGUAACUGAAGAACUGAGGAAGUCAUAGGAUUUCUGGAAUUCUCAACAGAAAUAAUCUCCUGUCCUCAUCCUUGCCAAGGAUAACACAAUCUUAUUUCUGAAGGCCAAAGGCUUAUUUAGUCCUGUUGCAAAAGAAUGAAAAAAUGUGAUUCUUUGGCUGCAACUCUACAGUCUAGUGAAGGAGACAUAAUAAAGCAAUUCUAAGGCCAGCAACUGGUACUGUAAUGGUAAACCUCAAUCAACUGACAUUGAGAUUGAGCUUUCUAGGCAGUAGCCAGGUUGCAAAAAACCCCACACAUCCCUCAAACUAAUCUAAAAUUGAUCUGGUAGGGAUUCGGCCCCUAGUUAUAUUAUUUUGUGUUGUGAUUAGUGAAGGAAGGAAGAGGGGGGCUGUGUUUAUUUAUCCUAUUUUCCCCCUGCUUUUCAGCCAGCAUUGACUUCCCAAGUAGCUAACAAUUAAAAUCCAUACACAGAUACAAUUACAUUACGGGCAUAGCAUGGGCAUAGCAGGUUCCCUGGCCCCAGGCAGUUGAUGGCGUAGUUCAAGCACUUCCUUCCAGAGCAUGGAAGUGAGAUUCUGCAGAUAAAACUGGUGGGUGGCUGGUGGUAAAGAUGCCAACCUGCAAAAGAAGCACUACCAAGUAGAUGAUUCUAGCAUAACUAAAAUUUCAGAGUCUGAAAGAUAAAUAGUUUUGCUUUUGGUUCUGAAAAUUGUGCUGCAUGUAUUUUUUUUAAAUGGAGUUUUUAAUGGAUUUUUGUUUCUUGAUGGCAUGCAAAUCUGUUUUUCUUUAAAAAUUAGCAGUUUAUUUCAUUUGAUGCUGAAGCUAGAGGAAUCAGAGGCAAAUGAGAAGCAAGAGGAAUUGGAGUCCUUGCUAUUCAGUGGCCUUGCCACCAUAUUGUAGGAGCAAUAUGAAAGUGUUUUCAGCUUCAAGAGUCUUGCCUGUUAGAAAGUCAGAUACAUAAACUAAGCACCAAAUGGCUCCUUAAACCAAGGUUACAGUCACUAGAACGGAAUGUCUAGUUGCCAUUUUGGGGCAAGAUGGCUCUAAAGUCUUAUUUUUCAAACGAUGGACUGACUGUGAUUGAUUCUCAGUUCAACAUCUGGCUAGUUCAGAUUACAACCUUGAGCUAGGUCAAGAACUCUGAGAACUUAAAGAAGAAAAGUCACUUGAUCCAGGGACAGUCCACAUAAAUAUUGUGCUAUACCUACCUCUUUUUCUUAAUGGUGACUGCUCCUGCUCAGGCUGCACAGAAAAAGCGUUUUGGUUCCUGCAAUUUAUUCCAACUGAGCAGAUAAAAUAUAACAGAUAGUAUUCUACAGGUUGUGGUAUUAUUGUGUGAAAACAGUCAAGAUCCAAUGAUCCCCAGGUGUGCACCUCUAGAUGAUGGAGAUGUUAGGCCCAUCCUGGUGCCCAGGCAUCUUCACUUGGUCGCAAGUGGUCGAUAGUCAGGUGCAAAAUGUGUCUGGUGCCUGGCUAAUUUCAAGCACUGCCUGUAUCAUCAUCAUCAUUAUCAUUUUAUUUGUUUGCCGCCUUUCCACAGUUGAAACUAUGCUCAAGGCGGCUUUCAACAUGACAAGAUUUACAUAGUUACAAAUAUAACAGAAGUCAUAAACAAUAAAUAAAACAUAUCAAAAAGUACACAACAGAAUAGCUUUUGUAGCUGGAGUCAGUCAGCACUCCAUUCUCCCAGGCCAGAUGGGAAAGGGCCAGCAAGGCAGGGUGCAGGUCUUCCAGGGCUCACAGUCAAGAUGGUCUCAUUUAAAACAACACAGAUAAAAAACUGACAACUGAGGUUCCACUGUACUUAAUUUAGAAGUUGGUUAGGAAUAAUGGAAGUCAUGAAUGGUUCCAUCAGGAGUUUAUCCUACAAUGUGUCCACCUGGCAGCUGAGAAGCUAGAGUCACAUGCUUCUCCAUGGAGCUGGGGGAGAGAAAGCUAGGCAAGAACCUUUAUUCUUGAUACCCAGGUUUUCUGUGAGCAGGGGAUUCCUUGUAUGGAGGGAACCUUGGCAUGUGAAUCCUUAUGCACGAUCUGGAGCAUUGCAAUGCAUAUGCAGGUUUACCACCUGUAAGAACUUGGCUCAAGCACCACCUGAGUGUACAGAUUAUUAACAACAGGAAUGCCCGUUCUUUCUCCUCUUCGUAAAUACAUCUAAGCCAAAAGAAGCAGAAUAUAGGAGGUUCAUAAGGUGAAACUAGGGUUCGUGGAACUAAUGGGUGCCUUGAACCCUGUUGUUGCCUGUGUUACGAAUCAAAACUGAGCUUCAUCACUUGUCUUUUGUUUUCUUAUACUGAGAGCACAGGUUGGAUGUUUGCCCAGAACUUUUAGUGCUACAAUGUUAGGUUGCUCCGACGCUCAACUCCAAAUUGCAUAUAGUAUCCCUAGGCUAUGAUGCUAAGAUCAGAACGAUAUGGGGGCGGGAAGUGGGAAAGCCACUAAGCAUUUCUAUACGUAAUGGGUAGCAGUUGAAAUUGUCACUCUGUGGGUGGAAGGAGUACGUCUUUGAAGAGAAAGGGUCCUUCCGUUCAGAGAGACCACCCUUAACCUCUGGGUUUCACACAGUGACAAGAAUGCAACCAUGCUGAAGUGCCACACUGCAUUGUGGGGCACUGCCUAGGUUUUUGCUCCAGACACCAAAGUACUUACACUCUCAGCUCAGUCUUUUAACUACAUGGCACAGUCUUAAUUGUAGAUGUUCUCUAGACUGCAAAGCAGACUUAGAAGAUUGCAAGAUCCUUGCAUCAUCUUUCGGGCCCCCUUCCAAAUGCCGCUAGGUCUUGGGAUUGCAAGAUUUCUUCUUGCUACAGGAACCAAAGGUCCUGAGCUCUUUCCUUAUCACUGUACUUUUAGGGUCUAGUCAAAUGGGCACAGAUGCUCUGGAAUGUGCCGUUUCCUCUUCCCAAGGAAUGAUUUUGGCCUUUAAUCUUAUGUUUUGCUUAAAAUGAAGUCCUGUUUGUUGUCAUCAGUCACUAGAACUUGCUUUUCCUGACUCUGGCAAUGUUGCAGAGCCACCUUUCCAAAGACUCGCUCACUCUCCUCUCAUUCAUACAAGUUAAAACUGAUGACAUAAAAACAGUAAAGGUAAAGGUAAAGGGACCCCUGACCAUUAGGUCAUCUCGCUCUAUAGGCCGAGGGAGCCGGCGUUUGUCCGCAGACAGCUUCCGGGUCAUGUGGCCAGCAUGACUAAGCCUCUUCUGGCGAACCAGAGCAACACACGGAAACGCCGUUUACCUUCCCACUGGAGCGGUCCCUAUUUAUCUACUUGCACUUUGACAUGCUUUUGAACUGUUAGGUUGGCAGGAGCAGGGACUGAGCAACGGGAGCUCACCCCAUCACGGGGAUUCGAACCGCCAACCUUCUGAUCGGCAAGUCCUAGGCUCUGUGGUUUAACCCACAGCGCCACCAAUAACAGUAUACAUGAGCAUAUUCACAAACACUCAAUUUGCAAAAUAAUAUUGUUACGGUGUAAUUGUAUUUGUUCUUGGUGCUCCUUCCUAUAGUGCAGAUAAGUCCUUCGGUCUAUUUCCACCUGCUAAAUUGUAUCUGAAGAAAUGUUAUAUUACUAGAUUGGAGUCUCUGUGUUAUUUCCUUGAACUGAAAACAAUUUUUUUUACAGGAGAAGCAGCGUUCACAUAUGUCAUGACAGACUUAAAACAGCGAAUAACCUUCAUUAUUUCCACUUCUAGAAAAGCUGAUUGCUUAUCAAAGGGAAUUUCAUGCUUUGAAAGAACGUCUUCGCGUAGCUGAGCACCGAACCCUGCAGCGUUCUUCUGAAUUAAAUGCCAUCUUGGAGCAGUUCAGACGGGCAGUCGCAGAAACAAAUGGAAGUAAGGAUGCGCUGAGCAGUGUUUCAGGUACAGGCUAAUUUUCUUGUUUAUUAUUAUUAUUUCUUUAAAAAUACAAAUUAAAGAUUGACAUGUUUGCCACUUCACUUCUCUCAAUCUUUUUCUCCUUGUGCAUUUGUAAAUAUUCAUUUGUUGAUGAGUUUGUAAAUAAAUAAAAGGACGCGGGUGGCGCUGUGGGUAAAACCUCAGUGCCUAGGACUUGCCGAUCGUAUGGUUGGCAGUUCGAAUCCCCGUGGCGGGGUGAGCUCCCGUCUUUGGUCCCAGCUCCUGCCCACCUAGCAGUUCGAAAGCACCCCUAAGUGCAAGUAGAUAAAUAGGUACCACUUUAUAGCAGGAAGGUAAACGGCGUUUCCGUGUGCUGCGCUGGUGCUGGCUCGCCAGAGCAGCUUCGUCACGCUGGCCACGUGACCCAGAAGUGUCUUUGGACAGCGCUGGCCCCCGGCCUCUUAAGUGAGAUGGGCGCACAACCCUAGAGUCGGACACGACUGGCCCGUACGGGCAGGGGUACCUUUUACCUUGUAAAUAAAAACUAUCCUGUAGACAUAGCAAAUAUUUCCUUCCUUGCUCUUUCCUUCAGGAUUAACUUUGUUCCACCUUUAGAGUGCGUGUGAGAAGGAUCCAAUUUCUUGCUUUGUACUGAAUAUUUGAACGUGAAGGAAAUACACUAUACCUUGCAUCUAGAGAUUAUUACCUGGUUUCUGUUGCUUUGGUGAAGCACCCUGAUGUCCAGGCUACGAAUACUUAAAUAAAAUUUCAUUUUCCCAGUACAGGAAUAAAUGUCAUUUAUUGUAACGUUGGAAGGCACCCCAGGGGUCAUCUAGUCCAACUCCCUGCAAUUCAUGAAUCUCAGCUAAAGCAUCCAUGUCAGAUGUCAACUGCUUGUCUAUAUUUGCAUUCUUUCUUAUUUCCAGCGUCUUGAGAUAUGGAUUGGUUCCAUGGAGGAUUCUGGAUUUGAUCUCUGUAUAAUGUGUGCAGAGAAUUCAUUCAUUUGGGCCAAUAGGGGGGAGACUUUCUCUUUGCCAGCUCCCUGGUGCCAAACGUCUUGCUUUGGUGACUUCAUUAUAGAUUAAUCAUUUGUGUUUGGAGGGGGAAUACAUAAAACCAGAUUGGACUCCCUCAGGUGCAAAAACUCAUCUAGGCUUUGUUUUCGUAAUGACAAUUGUUUAUUAAACCCAUGUAAGUUAAUGUAGUAGUGCAACUGGUUAGACUGGAAAACAAUUCUACUUUAGUAUACUUAGCUUACACAGAACUGCAAUUGCCAGCAUUCCCCAGGCAGAGGGAUUGGUUGUAAAACCACCCUUGGAAUUGUAGAAACAGAAAUUUCCCUAGAACUCUCAGCACCCUUAACAAACUACAAUUCUCAGGAUUCUUAGGGGCUGUUUAAAGUGGUCAUACUUUAAAUGUACAGGGCAUUAGGUGGGGACCUAGGACUGCAUUAGUUUGAAAAAGAGCAACAAGCCCUCUUCAUUUGUGUAGCCGACUUUCAAAUGUUGCACAGAAUGCUGCUUCCAUUCCCAGGCAAACCACUAUUUUGUGACAUUCCAUGACUAUUGCUUUUAUUUUAGAAUCUUUUUUUUAAAAAAAUAUUCUGUUUCAUAUAAACCUGUGAAAUGUGUACAGUUCCUUACACUUUGGGUUAGAUACUUGGUUAGGGUCCAUUUUGGUCGAAUGGCUGCAUAGCUAUAUAAUGUAUAUAUUUGUUUUCAGACGAAACGUUAAAACUGCUAAAGGAGUUAACAAGCAGGAAAGCUCUUCAAGUGCCAAAUAUAUAUUACCACUUGCCUCAUUUAUUGAAAAAUGAAGGAAGCCUUCGACCUUCAGUGCAGGUUGGCCUUGGAAGAACCGGAGGUAAAACUGACAAUAUUUCUAUGAUUGAUGCACUUAAAGAUGUAUACAAACCCUUGUGGCUGUAGCAAAAAGGCUCAGUACACGACUACUCGCAGACAAAAGAUAUAGGAAUCUUACUUCUUUUGUUAGCUGUCUCUUAGAAUUCAGGGUGAAUCCAAGGUCGAAGAAGCUUGUCUUUAACCUUCUCUUUUAUUGUCUCAUGCAGAUCCCACACUUUUGAUGUUAAGGUAUAAUUAAAAAAACCCCACUAAUUUGAAGCAGCAUGCCUAUUCUUAAAUUAAGUUUUUAAAAAUAACAAUGCAUGGGUUUUUCCACAUGCUCACAAAUUAGUAGGCUGGGGUGGAAUUCAGUGUUGUUCUAUUACAAACGUUCCAUCUGUGCAAGCAAUUACAGUUUGCCAGAUGGAACGACCCUCCUCCCUUCCCCUCUCCCCGCAUGCUCUUCUGGAGGCUCUCCUGACCCCCCAGAGCCAAUUGGGGGGCAUGGGGAGGAGAAGUGGGGAAGCCCCUUUGCACAAGGGGAAAUCCUUGCACAGGGUUCCACUGAUGGGCACAUUAAGUGAGUCCUGCCCAUUGUUUCCAUGCUGUGUAGGGACUGUAGAAUGUGGAAUAUAGGGGUAGGUAACUGGGUCUCCUUUAGUUGCUUAUUGCUUUUUUUUUUUGCAAGUGUUUAAAGUACACAAAGUAGUUCCAAUAAAAUAUAAUCACCUUGGUCCAAGGAGACCAAUGCAACUGCUGCUUAUUAAUUUUUUUGAAUGCCCAGUGGGGACUAUUAUUUAUUUUUCUCCUUGCCAACUCCUCUGCAGCCCAUCAAGAAAUGGUCUCUGACACUCCCGAGUCAAUACAAUGGUGUUGUACGUAGUAAGGAAAACUAACAGUGCACUUCAGACAUUGGCCUGGUUCCCACAUGACACUAAACCAUGGUUUAUAACUUGACCAUCUGAACCUGGCCCAGUGUUAUAACUAUGGUUUGUUAAUCACAAACAAACCACACUUGCAAGCCAUGGUUCACUGACUGUUUAUAAACCAUGAUGGUAAAUGUGUGCUUCUUGUUCUGAAAUUGCACCCAGAAAAAUUUGUUGUGUGAAGUGACCUGUAUAGUAUUUCAUUAGGGACAGAGGAGUUGUUGUUGAGAAAAUGAAGGAAGACUCUCUGCGUAAGUAGAUCUUUGGCCCCAAGGUAAAUGGGUUGUACAUUCUCCUUCAGUUUUGAUUCUUUCAUGUUAUGCUACUGAAUGCCAGUCCUGCAAAACAGAUUAGUAGGACUUAGUCAUGAAGACAUCUCCUGAGAAAUGUUCGCUAUUGAAUUAUGGGUGUCUGUCUGCAAAACAUUAUUUUCACAUCCGUUGCUCUGCAUGGAUUGUUAAGUCUGCAUUAUCUAGUAGCCCAAAGUUUUCAUAAUCCAACUUCUGUUGGUUGGCUUUUAAAUAAUAAUAAUAAUAAUAAUAAUAAUAAUAGAGAGGCUUUGCAUUUGUGGAUUUAGUACUGUUUGGAUUUAACGAGAGGUGUGUGUUUUAAUGCAUGUCAGGUAUGAAAGGCACAUGAUCAAGCAUUAUGGUUUAUACGUAUGGUUUAUAUGUAUGCAUGAAAACUCUUUUUAAUGGAAAGGGUUUCAGCAGGCAAAUGACUUGUAUGACUUGUAUCAUGCACUUGUUGGCAAAAAUCCAACUUAAAAUCUGUAAAAAGAAAAUAUGGCAGUUCUGGGACAGCUUCAGACAACCAGCUCAACACCUCCCCCCCCCCCAAAAAAAAGCUGUGAUAGUUUUUCAGUUGUUCUGCAAUGGUUUCUCACCACCCAUUGACUGAGGAGGCUGCUUGUGUUAAUAAAGUUGAUGGGGGAAGGGGUUUCAAUUACUGUACAGGAACUGAGGAAGAAAAAGUAGGUGAUGCUGAUUUUGGAUUAGUCAUAAUGGAUAGGAGCUAUGUAGCUAUGAAAAACUCAGAGUAAAGGGAGCCUUUUGGGGGAAAAGUUGUAUCUUGCACAAUCCAACAUUUGAACAAAAUUCAGUUUUCCUGACCAAAGAGAGGCUGAAACUUUGGUCUGAGAUUUUUAUACAAACACACCAUCCAUAAGAAAACCCCCCCCCCGCCCAAAUGUAUGCUUCCUGUUUUGAGUAUACCUGUAGUAUUGAAAUUGUUUUUGUUCCUUUACACCGAAAACAAAAUCACCCCUUGAUUAUGCCCUGUUUCACUCUGUUAUGUUUUAAAGUAUUUUUACACCUUGCAUAACAAACCACAUUCUUUCCUGUUCAAACCACCCGAGUGAAUUGCUCAUUGUUGUUUUUCAGUUUCUAUAGUAAUGGGAAUUCCGACUGUAAAGAGAAAAGUAAAAUCUUACCUUACAGAAACUCUUCACUCACUGAUUGACAAGCUGUCUCCAGAAGAGAAACUAGACUGUGUUAUGGUUGUCUUCAUAGGAGAGGUAAGCCCAAGGCAGGCUGUUACCAUUGUAGCUCUGUUUCUAAUUGCAAGAAGCACCAGUGUGUGGGAUGUUACUGCUCGUUAUGUUAUUUGCAAGUUUUGUGUUUCAUCUCUUCCUGCUGUAUAGUCAUAUUGAAAAUGUUUUGCCUUCUCUGAACAUGAAGAGGCUCACUGCGUGUGGAAUUAUAUCUUAUUCCACUCUCCUACACUGAGUGGGUUUAACUUCAGUAGGGAGAAUUAAGCAGAUCUUCAAAAUAGUUCUCAUUUAAAUACUUUGCUUGCAUUUGCAUGUGCAUUCGUAUGGACAGUGAAAUAAAACCUGCAUUUCUGAUGGAAAAUAGUGAUUUCUGGCUAGCAGCUUGAGCUACGUAUGGGUGAUAGUUUUGUUAUUCCUGUAAGGUAAAGGUAAAGGGACCCCUGACCAUUAGGUCCAGUCGUGACCGACUCUGAGGUUGCGGCGCUCAUCUCGCUUUAUUGGCCGAGGGAGCUGGCAUACAGCUUCCGGGUAAUGUGGCCAGCAUGACUAAGCCGCUUCUGGCGAACCAGAGCAGCGCACGGAAACGCCAUUUACCUUCCUGCCGGAGCGGUACCUAUUUAUCUGCUUGCACUUUGACGUGCUUUUGAACUGCUAGGUUGGCAGGAGCAGGGUCCGAGCAACGGGAGCUCACCCCGUCACAGGGAUUCGAACCGCCGACCUUCUGAUCAGCAAGUCCUAGGCUCUGUGGUUUAACCCACAGCGCCACCCGCGUCCCGUUAUUCCUGUAGUAGGAUACAAGAAGAAGAAGAAGGGUUUGGAUUUGAUAUCCCGCCUUUCACUCCCUUUAAGGAGUCUCAAGGCGGCUAACAUUCUGCUUUCCCUUCCUCCCCCACAACAAACACUCUGUGAGGUGAGUGGGGCUGAGAGACUUCAAAAAAGUGUGACUAGCCCAAGGUCACCCAGCAGCUGCAUGUGGAGGAGCGGAGACGCGAACCCGGUUCCCCAGAUUACGUGACUACCGCUCUUAACCACUACACCACACAAUUGUGAUGCUAUCAGCUACUAAAGGCACUUAACAAAGGAAACAGACUUAUGCCACAACUACAGUGAUGUUCUGCAAACAAACAAACAAACAAACAAGACAGAGCUUGCCUGUAAUUGUGAUAUGAGAAGAAACAUCUUCCUUCAGUUUCUAUCUGGUGCAAGCAUGCAAUGGCAAGAAGGUAGUCUUCGAAGUGUUGUGGGCACUGCCACCCUGCCUCAGUUUUUAAAACCAGCACCAGAACAGCAGUGUGAACUCUUGCUACUCCACAGCCCAGGAGUAUUGCUAGGUCCUGAUCCUGGAUAUGAAAGUUAAGCGGCUGUGCUUUAAUUAGUGAUAAGUGGCCCAAGCCCAUGCUUUGUAACAAUCCAGAACAAUUGAGGAUUAGACAUUAAGAUGAAGAUUUUUAUAAUUAUGCAAUCCACUUUCAUGAUGCUUUUUUACUAAGACCGGCCAAAUAUAUGCUUUUGACCUAAAGACCUUGCUGUCUAAAUUUUGAUAGAAGGGGAGAGAAAGGGAAAGAAAAAUGUAUUAAUAAGGAAUGGACAUGAGUAUGCAAUUAUAUGUAUAGUCUUGUUUAUUAAAUUUGUAUACUGCCCUUCAUCUGAAGGCACUGCUGAUCUGGGUUCUGGUGUUGCCCAGAUCUCCUGAUUUCAUCUUAGGCAAAAAGCACCUGUUAAAUCUGUGCUCAUUCAACCUAUAAUGGGGCAUUUUGCUUUCUCUUUCUUGUUUAACUGAAAGAGAAUAAAUACAUUGUGUGCAUUAAUACAUGACUGUUAAAUUGCCUAAUUAACUGGAUAGGUACUAACACAAAAUGAGUUUGUGCGGCUGUAACAAAUUUAAGAUUGAUUGAGAACGGUCAGGAAACUGACAUUUCUGGAGGCUAAUCCGUUAGAAUACAAAAUAUCAUCCAAACAGUUCUUCAGUACUCUGUCCCCACAUAUGUUUCAAAGAAGUUAAGUGACUCUCCAGAGUCCAGACAUUUGAUUUUACAAUUAUCAAAUCACAUUUAGUCAAUGUUAUUUUUCUAGAAAAAGAGGUGCUGGAAUUCCCCAUGUGUGCCUUUAUUUGUUCUUUUAUAAUGGCAAUGGGGCCCAUCUGAAAAGUGCUGGAACGGAGUUCCGGCGAGUUCCGGCUGAAGAAAAAGCCCUUCAAUUAGUUCAAAUAAAUCCCUAAAGGUGUAACUCUACUCUUAAUCUUUCAGCAUUAAUUUAUUUUUUAAUUUCUGCCUGAAUAUUAAGUAAAAAACUGGUCUUUCUAAUUGGAACGAUUUUCAAACACCUCACUAGGUAUUGUGUAUUUACCCUCCAACCCCUUGUCAUCGGGUAGUUAGCUUUCCAAUACAUUUUACACUUGGAUUGGAGGUUAAGCAAUAAACAGUGAGAUAGUCAGAACAAACGUGGCAUAUGGUAAUUUAGAGAGAGUAAAUAACUGCCCAAACCUAGGCUGUGAUCUGCCACUUUUUGGAGUAACGAUUUUUUCAGUUGCCUAUUGCAGGUUAAAGUGAAAAGCAGCCGGGGGAGGGGGGGAUGUGGUGGGAGAGCAGAGAAAAGGAGCAAACUGAGCUGUGGAAAUCCCAUACAAAACCAGGAUGUUUUUGUUAUCAACCAACAUAAGGACAUAGGAAGCUUCCUUAUACAGUGGUACCUCGGUUUACAAACCUUUCUGUUCCGGAAGUCCGUUCUUAAACCAAAACCAUUCUUAAACCAAGGUGCGCUUUCCCUAAUGAGGCCUCCCACCGCCGGUGCCCUUCCACCGUUCAGCUUCUGUUCGUAGACCAAGGUAAAGUUCACAAACUGGGACACUACUUCCGGUUUUGCGGAGUUCUUAAACCGAAUAGUUCAUAAACAGGGCUGUACUUAAACCGAGGUACCACUGUACUGAUUCAGACCUUUGGUCCAUCUGGCAUACUUUGUUUAAAUCAGUGUUCCCCAAACUUGGGUCUCCAGCUGUUUUCAGACUACAGUUCCCAUCAUCCCUGACCACUGGUCUUGCUGGCUAGAGAUGAUGGGAGUUGUAGUCCAAAACAGCUAGAAACACUGGUUUAAAUUGACUACUAGGAGCUCUGCAGGGUUUCAGACAGGAGCCCUUUCCAGCCCUACCUCAAGAUCCCAGGGAUAGAACCUGGAAUCUUUACAACUGAAAAUAUACUCUUUAUGCUGAAACACCUUUAACAGCAGCCAGAAGAAUUUUAGACAAACUGUAGAAGCCUGCCAGUUCUCUGUACAUUUUUUAAAAAUUAUAUAAAUUUGUAACGGUGAGGCUUGAAAGAGAUUGCUUAAGCUAACUUCAUUAGAAAUAUGAAUGUGCUCCUUUAUAAGACAGUUUGAGCUGUACAAAAUGAGCAUUGUGGAGUAUCUCCUGUCCCCAGAAAUUUUUUUGGGAACAUAUACUGUACCUUGUUUGCUAACCAAGGCAGCCAGCUCUGCAAAUAUAUGGUUAAGACUGUUUGCCAUGACUCUACAUAUUGCUUAUUUAACUGCAGAAGCUACUGUUGGCAUUGAGCCUGGAGCAGCAAUAGAGUUAGUCUGGAAGUUAUAUAAACCUGUAUUUGAUGUAGUACACUUCUGUGUUGCAUGUAAAGGAGGAAUUAUUGUACGAAGUUUUUUUUUUAAGGAAAAACAGUCAUUCUAAACGGUGCACCAAUUUCUAAUUUGGAGCAUGUAUUUUCCCCGAACUGUACUUCCAUCAUGGAGAUAUUGCAGGUUCUCAGUACUCAGACCUCUACAGUUCUUUUACCCAAGGAAAUUCCAUUUAGCCCCCUAGAUACCACGUUUUUGCUGUUACAACUGAUGUAAUACAAUUGAUUUUAUAGAUCUAUGAACCAGGGCAUCCAAUGCAGGAACUGGGAAGACCACACAGCUUCCAAAGAGAGCUUGGUACACAAAACAUUGUGAAACCAGAGGAUAACUCAUGGGCUCUGUGCAUGGUAGAAAAACAAGUGUGAAAUACAGGAGAGGCUUUGUGAGUCAGUUUCCCACUGCAUUUCCUUUAGCACCACACUUCAGAGAUGAGAGCACUUGCAAGGUAGAUGUGUAUUGUAGACAAGUGAGAUAUUUCUGAUUAUUCAUUUUAGCACUUUGCUUGUGUCUGUAAAAAUUAAGCUUUUAGUAGUUUAUAGUUUUAGAUAUGAUCAGUCAAGGCGAAAAACUCUUGGCUGGUAUGUAUUGAACCACAUUUUGUUUUCCAAUGCCUUGUUGGAACUUUUGUGCAGGAUGGAAGGAAGUGCAGGUCAGUUUGCUGAAGUUAGCACAAGAAGAGCAGGGAACGUUCUGUAUUUGAUGCUUUUCUUAGGCUGCCUUCAGAGGUAGAUUAUUCCAGGGUGGUGGUAUGUUGGCACUGAGACACUCAGAGUAAGCAAAAGUGAUGCCUUUUUAUUAGAAUGGUGUGUUAGACUGCAAGGUAAGGUAAAGGUCGCUUCACCGUGCAAAUAUGUUAAUACAUACUGCCUUUAAAGUUAUAAAACAAUCUAAAUAUACAACAUGAAAAACCCUACAGAUUGCAUGUAGGGCAAAUGUAUCAAAAACAACCAUGGUGGCUUAAGCAGUGUACGGUAGUUUAGCAACCAUUUGAGCUACGUGCUUUUCUAAUGGAUUUGGAGAGAUUUUUCUGUACCCUUGGGGUAAAUUCAGAUUUGAGAUUUAUAUAGAGCAGGAUAAAAGCCUCUUCAUUCCCCAGAUCCGUUCAGAAACUAAUUUUUGUGUGUCUGCCAAGACGUGAUGACACAAAUGUACAUAUCCAUUGUUUCUGUAAGUGGGAGAAGCAACCUGGGGAAGGUGGAAAAGGGGACAGGAGUGAGACUUCGGUUCCAAGGAGUUUCUGUGAGCCAUUGGUUCGAGUCCUACCUUCCAGAGCAGGAGAAAACAAGCUUGCUCCAUCUUCCAUGUGACAGCCCUUGAGAUAUUUGAAGAUGGCUAUCAUAUCUCCUCUCAGUCUCCUCUUUUCCAGGCUAAACAUACCCAGCUCCUUCAACCGUUCCUCAUAGGACUUGGCUUCUAGACCCUUGAUCAUCCUAGUUUUAAAUUACUGUUUUUCUCAACAACAUACAUAGAAGCAGGGACUGGAACCUUUCCCUAUCCCUUAUGUUUUUUAUUUAGCCAUGGAGAGCAUUGCUUUAAAGAUACAUGUGUCAUUCACAGUUGAUACAUGGCCAUGGUUAUUAUACCACCACAUAGGUUCUGUUUUCACUAAAGACCGUAACACUGGCAUUUGCUUAACUUGAAGUGAAUGUAGUAAAUUAAUAAACACAAUUUUCUGAAUUGAAUUAAAAAUUGUGCUGGCCAGUGUGCGAGAUUGAAAUCAAUCCUUUGCUAUUCUGUGUUUGAAUGGACACAUUUUGUGACCUCUGUCAUGCUAACUUUUUGAUGAACAUUAAUCAUUAUUUUAUGUAUUUAAAUAAUUUCUAACCCACUUCACUGCUACUUGAAUUUUUGAAAAUAAAUGCUGUAGAAAUUAUACAGUCAUUUAAAACUAAUUUGUUAUACUUGGUUCAAAAAUGUUGCUUUAAAAUGCCUCUCUUUCUCCCCCCAGACAGAUCUUGAUUAUGUAAAUGGCGUUGUAGCAAGCCUAGAAAAGGAGUAAGUUUAUUUCAUUGUUUAUCCAUUGUUUAUUUCAGUUUUAGUAAUAGUUUUCUUCAUAUGCAUGGGUUGCAUACUGUGGUAAAUUGCAUGGAGCAAUUAGAUGGUCUCAACUUGCAAAACAGCAAAUGGGAUUAAAAGGUUCAGUCUGUCAUAAACGGAUUAUGUUGGAAUGAAAUAAAUGGAUUGCAAAGCACCUAUGCUAAAGCUGCUAUGCUAGCGCUGAAGUAUAGAAGCAGCUACCUGCAUACUUAAGAAGUUAAUGCAUAUUGUGGUUUUGAAUAAUAGAUUAUGAGAAUUAAGGCCAGACCCUAAAGCAAUUUCUGCUUUUGUAGAAGACCCGGAUGCCAGUUCUUGCUAGUUGCAGCUGCUUGUGCAUUGUUGGAUUCUAUCCCAGUGGGAUUUUCAAGGGACAUAGGGAGGUUUUGUGGAAAGGGGAGAUCAUGCAGGAGUCACCUCACAGCCUUUGGACCCCAACCUGUACAUAUCACUUUAUAUAUGGAUCUACAUUAGUGGUUAAGCCAGGCAUGGGCAAACCCGGCCCUCCAGAUGUUUUGGGACUACAACUCCCAUCAUCCGUAGGUAACAGGACCAGUGGUCAGGGAUGAUGGGAGUUGUAGUCCCAAAACUUCUGGAGGGCGAAGUUUGCCUAUGCCUGGGUUAAGCUGAUACUAACUUGGCCACAAUAUGAUUAGGCUGAUACUAAUUCGCCCAGUGCUACUGGGUGAGCACUGUGACUGAACAGAAAUUUGAACCAACCCAGCUCCAACAUUUGACCACCACAUUAGGUUUCUGGAGUGUAGCGUUCCCUAGAAUAGUAUAUAACGACAAAUUUGAACUUUCUGAAUACAGGUUUUCUAAAGAAAUCAGUUCUGGCUUGGUGGAAGUAAUAGCUCCACCUGCAUCCUACUAUCCUGACUUGACAAACCUAAAAGAGACGUUUGGAGACUCAAAAGAAAGAGUCAGGUAAGAAUUUCUCAGGGUACUGGGGAAUAAUAACUUCAUUCAUUGUAGAUUGUAGAGUGCAUUGAAAAUUCAGGAUAUGGAAAUUUCAUAAAUGGAAUCUGCCAUGUUCCCCCGCCCCCUAGUAUUAAUAGUAACUGGGGGUGAAAUACUCAGAUUGCUACCAUAGGGGAGAAACUUAAUCUCUCUGCACCAUGCUAUUCUCCCGGUUUUGAAAUUCCCUCUCCAUGAUGUUCACCCUACAGGGCAAAACAUAUAGGUACUUGAAAUCUUGUUGCUUCUUUGUGGGACUGCUUGGUAAGAUGGCUUCUAACAGGCUGCAGCUGAACAGCAGUUGGUUUGGUGGGAGAAUCCUGCAAUGAAACAACUGAAAGGGCAGACUACAUUGCUUCUGGCAGGUCAGCUCCCCAAAUGGUGACUCCAAAGAGGACUUCAGGGUUCACCACCAUGAUAGGAAUGCUACUCCUGAAACCUUGUAUAUGCCUUCAUUGCCUACGGAGAUGUUUAGCUUAGAAAACUAACUGUAUUUAAUUUCAGAUGGCGGACAAAGCAGAAUCUGGAUUAUUGUUUCCUUAUGAUGUAUGCGCAGAAAAAGGGUGUUUACUACAUUCAGGUAAAUUGUUGUUGUUGUUGUUUUACUUUGAAUGGUGAAAACUAGUAUCCAAGACAUGUCCUGUGCUCUUGUAAUCAGCAUAAGAACAGUUAUUUAGUUGAAUUGCAGUGUUGGCAUAGUAUAUGGGAAUUGUUUAUAAGUGUUUUAUAGAUAGACCAAACGAACAAACAAAAAGCCAAGCCAACUAAGGGUGAUGGGUAUGUAAAUAAUAACUUUUUAGGAAAAUAGAGCUAAAACAAGUAAGGUGAUUUGUAGUUGUGUUUUCCCUUUAAAUGUUUUAAUUUAAAAUAUAAAAUGCCUUAGUUAAAUAUUGUUGUUUUUUUAAUUGUUAAAAAAUGAUGCUAAGAUUCUUUCCAGAUUUAGUUGCUUGGGCAAGCCUGCGUUUAUUACUUUAGAAACAGCUGUAAUUGCCAAGGUGAUGCUUUGCAAAUAUGGUUUAGUUCGUCACAUAUGGCUGCAAUAAGACCAAGAUUGAUAUGCACAUGCUUAGUUUCACACACUGUCUAAGUAGCUGACUCUAAUUCAGUGAAUCUAAUUUGCUCCUGUAAAAUUGAGCAGCUGCGUCAUUUCUUGCCUGAAUAGGAUUUACAGUAAGAGCAAAAGCCUGUAAUAACUACGGAACUGCACAAAUGUUUUUUUCCAGCUCUGCCUUCGAUCCUACAUCAUCAAAGUAAUUUGGAAAUAACACAUUUUAUCCUUUAAGUGAUUCUCCUGCAGUGCCUUGCCCCCGCAUAAAGCCAGCCAUUCCAUAUCCUAUCUGCAUAUAAAAGAUGGGAUUGCAACGAGAAAUGGAUAGAGUCUCUGUCUGACAUGAUAAUUCCUGCACUAUUUGGGUUUUUUUCUGGUAUUCCCUUCUCACAUGCACAAGCUUUUUGGAAGUUUAUUAGAUCCCAGAUAACAUCCUUAUAUAACUGUGUCCCUGUACAAUAAACAGCUUUUAACAAUCCUAUUGUGCAGGGUUGUUUUUGUUUUAAAAUAUGCUGUCUCUCAUAAAAAAAACCCUCUCUGUUGAUAUUGUUCCACCAGUGUUAUUCCAUGUGAUAAAUCUAAUUGUGUAGGUGGAUUUUAAAGGCAUGGCUGUGUGGUCAUGCAGUCUCUAGUUUGGCACCAUGGAAAUAAAUAAUAUUGGAGGUGUUGUGUUGUUUCUGAUUGUGACCCUCUUGUUGACUGAAUGCGUUUUUAAUCUUUUGGAGGAUUCCAUUAGUGGAAACGUGGGAGGUGAUUUUUGCUGUUUUCCCCUUCAGCUUCCUUUGCACCCCUUGAACUCUACUCCAGAGGUUUGGGGCACCCAUGGAACAAUAUGUUUGGUGGCAGAGGGGGAGUCACAGCUGGAGAUCGGAGAAAUUUGUGUCCAUAGUUCUCAUGGAAGCCUGCACUGAAUCAAAUGUUGGAUUCAGACCCUUCUCAAAUAUUUCUGUUUAGAUGAUGACCAACUUAGGGUCUCUUCAACCCUAAAAUUUCAUCAGUAAUGGGCUUCUCAUAAGGCAAGAAGGUUAAACCUCAAAGAGAAAAAAUAACCUUGUUAGCAGUGAGACAUGUUCUUGUUGAUGGGCAAUGUAGUUUUGAUCACCAAAAACAUGUUUUUGUUUUUGUUUUCCAUUUAAUUUCUGAGUUAACAGGACAUUCCUGCUCAGAAGUAAGUUGCAAUUAAUCAGUGAGAUUCAGGGUACUUCCAGUUAGAGACUGGAAUAGUGCAAACAAGUCAUUCAGAUAUCACAACAGUAGGGUGUUUUUUUCCCCUUACUGGAUUUUGCUUGGAAAGGGUAAAUUUAGAUUAAAUUUCAAACAAAAUAUCCACUGGCAUUUUGAUGCCCAUGAUGUUCUGGGGAUGCUGCCAAUUUUUUUUUAUUUUAAAAAUGCAUGCAUGAAGGGCAGGCAUCUCGCAGUAUACCCCUUACCGUGUAUAGGAUUGCAGCCUCUCAAAAGUGAUUGCCCUUUUUAUUUAUAGUUUGCAGUCCCCUCCCAGUGAUCGCAGUUGAGGCAAAUAAUGAGGUUGUAUCUAACAAAGUCAUUCUAUUAACACCACAACUUCUGCUUCAACAACGUAACUUCUUCUCCUCUCUGUGUCUGUCUGUCCCAAGAACAUUUUUUUUGGGGGGGUGGGGGAAAGUGAGGGAAGAAAAGUUAUGUUAAUGGAAUACAUUUGUUGGAUGCAGCCCAAGAAGUUCAUAUGUACGUUUGAGUUUGAAAUGUGGUUUGCCUAACACACUCUUUUUCACAUUUCGUUUCUUCUUUUCUUUUGCUGGUCUUGCUCUUCGGCUCCCCUAGCUUGAGGAUGACAUUGUUGUCAAGCAGAAUUACUUCAGCACAAUAAAAAAUUUUGCGCUUCAGUUGUCAUCCGAAGAUUGGAUGAUUCUUGAAUUUUCUCAGCUGGGAUUCAUUGGUAAGAGAAAUUCCUCUUUAGCAAGUUUGAAAGGGGUGGAGGAAGGGGUUUGCAGUAGGGGUGGGCCGCCCCGGGUGUCCCCACUGAGGGGGGUGACAAAAUGCCGGGCGGCACUCACUGCGGGGCCUGAAGCACGCCUGAGCCACGUGUCUCUCCUGGGAGUGACGCAGUGGCUUGGGCCCCCGCAGGCUCUGUGCUGCCCCAAAUGGUCUGCCUGCCGCCUCCCCCUCAGCUGUAGGGUGGCUGAGUGGGAGGAGGUAGGCAGACUCCUCAGAGGCACUGCAGAGCAUCCUGCCCCGGCUCGCCCUGCCCCACGGGCAGCUGGCCCCGCCCCUGGGCGCUGGGCAUGUGUGCCACCCCAGGUGCCUGAUCGGCUUGCUCCGCUGCUGGGCAGGUGCAGGGGAGGGUGGAGAGAAGAAGAGAAAUCCAGCACUCUGGUAGAGAAUCCACAAAAAUGUCCCAGCUUUUAAAAUAUGGAAAUAUAGUGAGUUUUUAAUUCUUUUAAUUUUGUGGCUUUCCCUGUAUAAUUCCACAUAUUCAGUUGCAUGCUGCUUGUUGUGACAGAAUCCAGCUGCUGAAAGUUAGAAUAAUUCUAUAGCAGUGGCUGCCAUCUCAGAAGAUGACAAAUUUCUAUAUGGGCUCCAGUAAUUUAAACUAUUUCCCAUGGAGGUUAGGCUCAAUGAAGAGCUGCCCUCAUUUUAGAGGUUUCCCACUACAGCUUUUCCCACUACAGGUUUCCCACCUCUAUCAAAGCCAGUGACUUCAAACGUUUCACUUAGAAACCUUUCGUUUUCAAUAUGGUAUUCACUUGACUGAAGAGGGCAGAUUCCUCUGCUCUCAUUGCGAUGCUCUUACCUUUGAAGUGAAGAGGGCAGCACUUGUGGACAGGGAAGCUUAAUCUGCAGUCUUAUGGCUCCUGUACGUGCAUAAUAUCUGCUGAUCAGAUUGAAUGAGGAAUCUGAAACAUUAGAGCUGUAGAUCUACCACAAAAGUGUGGAAUGUGAUUUUCAGUGCAGAUUAUGGGAGACCAAUUUUUCGGAAUUGUAAUUUUUUAAAAGAAGCAUUGUUGAAGACAUGAAAUGGGUGGGGAGAAACAUAGCACAUGUUAAGUUUUUGUUAAAUAUCUAUAAACCAAGGAAUAUCUGGGUAACUUUCUCCCAAGAUUCUCAGUCUCUGCAGACCUUCUGCCCCAAAUUAUUUGAGUGCCAUCUUUUCUUUUACUAGUUUGCGUUAAGAUUCUUUAAAAAAAGCAACCCACCAAAUCUUCAGCGGAGAGGUUUUUUUGAGCACCAAAUAUUUAUAUUCAUAUAUAUUUAUAUAUAAUUUAUAGCCUUCUGCAGUGGAGAGUUGUUGUUUUUUGAGCAUCAGAUAUUUAUAUAUAAUUUAUAGCCUGCUUCUGAAAUUUCUGUUACCUUUAGUCACACUAGCUAAAAUGGCUCUUUGGGGGUGGCAGGCUGAAUUUGCAUUUACAAAGCCCUGGAUAGCUGCUGAUAUAACUUCAUUUUAUUUACAGGUAAAAUGUUUCAGUCUCCAGAUAUUACACUCAUUGUAGAGUUCAUAUUUAUGUUUUAUAAAGAGAAACCUAUCGACUGGCUCUUGGAUCACAUUCUUUGGGUGAAAGUUUGCAACCCCGAGAAAGAUGCAGUAAGUUUUGAGUGUUAAGUAUUUCUCAUAAAUACUGUCUUAUGUGAAUGGCCUGGUUUGCAUGUAAUGCAAAGCCAAACCACGACUUAGUGUGAAUGAGCAAAUGGAGAGAAGAUUGUGGCUGCUUUGGUUCCACCACUCCACUGCUGAACAAAGCCAUGGCUUGGCUUAGUGGCCCUCCAGAUGUUGCUGUGGCCCUCCAGAUGUUGCUGGUCUACAACUCUAAUCAUCCCUGACCAUUGACCAUGCUGAUGGGGGCUGAUAGGUAUUAAGAGUUCAGCAACAUCUGGAAGGGCACAGGUUCUCCAUCACUGGCUUAGCAUGUCAUCUGAACCUGGGCUGAUGGUUUAGCUCUCUCCAGACAAACCACCAGUUCUAGACAAUAGGAGAAACCUUGAUUACAACUCAUGCUUCAACUGGAAGGAGCUAAGCCAUGGCCCUGGGUUUGGAUGACAUGCCAACCCAAACCAUGACUUAUUUCAGCACAGUGCAGCAGUGGAUUGACCAAGGAGGAGCAGAACAGCCACGAUUUCCUCUCCAGGAACCUACAAGUGUGCUUGUUCACACUAAGCCAUGCUUUAGCUUAGCAUUACAUGUGAACAAGAACAAUGUAAGAAGUCACUUUAUUGUGGAUAUCUCUGUGAAAUAAGGGUGCUGCCAUCUGGAAGCACCAUAAGAGGAAGGGAAGUGGCGUCUCUUUUCUUCUUCCACACAUGACAGUACUGCAUAGGGAAACAGAAGCCUUUACUAUUCUGUGAAAUCUAUGGGAAGCUCUGAUUUGGCAACCAUUAUCGUACGGGGGAAAUGGUUUGUCUUAAUGAAAAAAUGAAAUAUAAACAUAAUGGGGCGCUACAAAAGUAGUGGCCAACAACCAUUUUCUAAUUUCUUCAGACUGGUGAGGAUGUAAAAUGCUUAUUUGAAAGGGCGCAUGCGGAAGUUAAAGCCUUUUGUUUGUAGGGGAGCUAAAAUCUCUAAAAGGUGCAUUUUAUUAUGGCCUCCAAAGAAACCUGAGCACUUGACUACGUUAAAAACAAAGUUCCACGUUUCAGACUGUGCCUGUGCAGAUGGCAUAACUGCUAAAAUUAGCUGAAGAGUUGCACAGAAUUACUCAUCACCAUGGUUCUUGUAAUAGACUGUAAUUAUGGUGGCCUGCAGUCUGGGUGUUGUGAUUCCUUUGGCAUUGACACUGAUCUGUUAUACUGAGCUACAGAUGUGAAUCAUUCUGGGUGCAGCCUUCUUGGUUUCUUCCACACCGUAAAACCCACUUUGGUCUACUGAGUGCUAUUGAUAAAUUCCUGUUUUCUGUUGAAGUUGGGUUGCUAUGAGAGGGGGAUGAUGGACUGCCUUCCUUGUUAGCUAUUAUUUCAUCCCUUGCCAACAGGAUCUUUGAUCUUUAUGGGGGCAGGUUGUGCUGUUCUUUUCGUGACAGUAAGGUUUUCUUUUCUCCUUGAAUGAAAGGCAAGGCAUCAAGCAAAACAACGGGGCUAUGGAAGGCCAGCAUCAAGAAUGCUGCGCAGUAUUUUGGCUCACUUAUUUUUAAGUCAUCAUGCGUAAGGAUAGCGUUUAACUUGUUCUACAUUACUAAAGUCUUCCCCCACACCCCAACUUUUCUUUUCAGAAACAUUGCGAUAGACAGAAAUCAAAUCUCAGAAUACGCUUCAGGCCUUCACUUUUCCAGCAUGUGGGUCUGCACUCCUCCCUAGCAGGAAAGAUACAGAAACUUACAGUGAGUACUUUUAUGCUUCCUUUCCUUUUCUUGGAAGACCAGGUUUUGCAACUUGCAUACUAAUCAAUCUUCUGGGUAAUGUUGCAAAUUACAUCUGUCUCUGGCUACUGCAAGGCCCCACAGUUGACGAUCAAAUAUGAUAAAGCAAAAGUGCCAUUGGUUGUGAUGAAUCUACUCCUUUUUCUCCUAUUCUUGUAACCCCCAUCUUCACCAGAGGUUCCCCCACCCUCCAGAGUAGAUUUUGGGAUACAUGAAGGCUAAAGAGGGAUGGAGGAGCAAUAGUUUCAUUGUGCAAUAUUGUCAGUGAGGGAGAGGAUAUUACCCCUUGUUUGCUACAGGGUAGAGGGAAAAUCCUGUUCUUCUCAUCUCUAAUAAAAGUUGUCUUGUUCUUCUCAUCUUUAAUAAAAACUGUCUUGUUCACUCUCUCUCUCUUUUUAAGUAAACUUUCUUAAAAUUGUAUACUUGUUGAUUAAUGUUAAUUGACUUUGAAUUUUCAUUUAACUGCAAAAUAAGCCAGUAGCAGGGAGAAAAUAUAUUAUGGCUGAUGGCCAGCUUGACAACAGAGAGAGGAUCAAUAAUCACUGCAGAAAAAUCAGAAAAGGAAAACAGGAGACUGAACAAUAGACUCCCAACGUUUGUUGAGGAAAAUUUCCUGCCAAGGGAAAUGUUUAAUGCCUCUUGAUAAAAGCUGCUUCAGGCAGGUUUUUUUGCUACAGCUCACUGAAGCAGAGUCUGUUUUGUAUCUGACCUCUUCUUCAGUUCCUAGCUUAAUGAAUCUUAACGUCUUUUUAGGAUAAAGACUUCCUGAAACCAUUAUUGCAUAAAAUUCAUGUCAAUCCACCUGCAGAGGUUUCUACAACUUUGAAGGUCUAUCAGGGUCAUGCUCUUGAAAAAGCCUACAUGGGUGAAGAUUUCUUUUGGGCUGUUACACCAGUUGCUGGAGAUUAUAUCCUCUUUAAAUUUGACAAGCCUGUCAAUGUGGAAAGGUAAGUGCUUCCAUGACAAAAUGAAGCUUCUGCUGAACGGUGUCUUGAAAUGAGGUUGGAAUUACAACAAAUCGACCAGCUUUAUAAACAAUUGUUCAUGGCAUCCAAUAGAAUGAUUAGUUUGCUUGUUGGACUUUUUUUGUCAAAUGUUUGGUAUUCUAGACAAAUCAAAGCCACACCGGUUGUUUAGAAUUAAAAUAGCCCAGUUGUUAUUUGUGCCAUUUUGGAAUGCAUAUUGUAAAUUUGGCUCCGUGUAAUGUCACUUUUCUUCUUGCAAAGAAAAACUUGUGCAGGAAACCAUUUUGUACUAUUAGGUUAGGAUAGAAGUGUACUGUUAACAGCUUUUAAGUUCUAUUAAGUUCUAAGUGUAUUUAGCACUCAGCUUUAAUGUUUUCAUGCACACAUCUCUAUGGGAAUUCUUUCCAGUUUCCGUUGCUUAGACAUGCUUAUUAAUCCUGUCAUGAGGUUGGAAAUGAAUUUUGCAGAUGAGCUUCAUGGUCAUUUAAAUUAAAUGCUGGUGACUAAGCAGAAGGGUAUAUCUUGGAGGUUAAAUGAUCAGCUGGGUUAUCAAAAUUUCACAUUGGAAUAGGUCCUUAGGAAUCUGACAGAUGAAGAGUCAUCCUUGUUUUAACAUCACUGACAAUGAACUUGUUCUCAAAAUAUUACAGCUGUGGGUUAAGAAGCAACUACUUGCUGAUUUCUGAUUCAUCCACUAGAGAUAUUGCUGGCAGAGCUUACUUGAAAAAGUUGAAUUGUGGAUGCCCCACCAAGGGGAGGUUUACAAUUGCCAAAUUUUGCAUUUUGUGUAAACAUCACAAGAUGUUUCUAUGGUCAAUUUGUAACCCAAUGACCUUUCACAACUUGCACUCCACCUCCACCUCACUUUUUAAAACAGUAAAAUUGAUUUAUGUUUUGAAAGGUACUAAUUAUAUCAUGCUUCUUCAUGAUCAUUUUGCAAUUCCUUGGGCGCAGAUUUGGGGUGUCUCCCGCACCACCUCAAUUCAAAUAACAACCCAGGGGCUGUAAGUGGUCUGCAAAAUUAGUUUAUAAUGCUAUAAACUAAUUUGGGGUAGUUAAGUGCGCAUGAGCAGCUGUUAAUCUGGAAGGAUGAGAAACAAGACAAAGUUAAGUUUUGCUGUCCGCAUGGCAAAAUAGAUCUAAGUUGUAAGAUCAUCUAGCUUUGCCAACACCCCUAAACUGAAUGUUAUCUUUUUGAAAAUGGAAACUCGUAAUGUCACACUGACAUCCAUAUUAGAUAAUAGGCAAGCUUAUGUUCAGUUUUAUUUGUCUUUCUUUGAUCUCUACUGCAGAGAGAACAUAGCAAAAUGGUGUUCAGAACACUAAAUAUUACAUUUUCAAAUCCUACAUCAAGUGGCUUCAAUUAUUACUGAUGUUAAAAAUUAUCAAUGAGAGGCAUAGCACAGAUUCGAUAAUUUUCUCUCCUGGUUUCAACAAAAGGGGAACAUUAUUUCAAAUAAAGGAAGAUCAGUUUUAUAUUCUGUUUGAACAAUUGGGUUAGAAACCACAGAUUUCAUGAAUUAGUCAUUUUUACACAACCAUUAAAAACUCAGUCGUAGAUGUCUGUCUCCAGGAGAUUGUUACUGAUUUGUUUCAUGUUGACAAUGAAACUAUUAGCUGAAAUGCUGAAAAAUAAGCUCAUUUUUUUACAGCUGCCAUCUUGAAAUAGGAAUAUUUGUAACACAAGAUGCUCCUUAAAAUAGGAGAUAUUAUGUCCUAUUGUAUAUUUUACAAAUUUGUCUUGAUAACGUUAAUGUGUGCAGCAAUCAGUUUUGCCGAGGCAAAUGUAUUAUUAGGACCAGGGAACCUUUUCAUAUGUACAUGUGUAUCAUAUGUUGUAAGGAAUGUUACCUGAACUCUUAAAGGUUUUACUGACAUUUCUGUGGAGGUUCAAAUGGUUGAAAGGGGUGGCUAAGGACCUUCUUCGCCUUGAUGUUCCUCACGCAACAGUAAAGUUUGUCAUGGUGUCUUGUACAAAAAUAGCAUUUCCAUUCAAGUUAAGUCUUCUGUUUCAUUCAACUCACAGGGGCUUUUUCUACAUUGAAGAGAUCUUGCUGCAUGGAUUCAAAGAUAUGUACAAUAUAAAGAUGGAGCUGCUUCCCUUAACUUAAAGUUCAAUCCAGUUCUGAAGUAAUAUUUUGUGUGAAGAUUGCUUACAGUAUAUUAAACAAGCAGCAAGUGACAGAUUUACAACAACAUGUUGUUGUGUAUCCUGAUGCCAAUUAAUCUGUGCUUGUGUUCUCAUCAUCCGUGUGUAGGAAUUGAGUCAGCUUUAAUUCAUCUCUUUUGGACUAUUUAUAUAUGUAAUUGUAUUCAGCCAUUCAGGUUUCAGAUGAAUUUCUAUCUACAUCUAUUUUUUUGCCAUCUGCUUGGGAAAUACUGCUUUACUACUGCUUUGAAUUUUAAGAUAAGGGAAGCAGCUGCAUAUAUGUAGAUGGAAAGCACUGUAAUUUGAAGCUGUGGAACGGAGUAUUUCUUUGAAAUAGAAGCUGCUUAUGUAAAAUGAAUAAAAUUAGACGGAUUAACUUUGUAUGGAAAUGUUUCCUGAGAAGACACAAACAGAAUAAUCCUAUGACUAUUUACCUGGAAGUUAACAUGUAUUAAUUGAGACUUUCUGUCAGAUGAGUGUGCAUAAGAUUGUAGGAACUUCAUUUCACUAUUAGUCAAAUGAAUGGUUACAGGGUGGGGGGGAGCAAGGAACAGAAUUGCUUACAUACAUUGGACUUUACUUUCUGCUAUCAUGCUGUAAUGUGUAAGGAUUUAUAACUGUAUAGGCAGUCCUCUUUUUUAUAGCUUGCAAGUAACAGAAAUAAGUGAAAGUGAUUUAUAUUUAGGGGUUCUUUUGGUCAGCUUUUCUCAUGAUUUACUUGAAAUCUGCCCAAACAAUUGUGCCCUUUGGAUCGCCUGCCCAGAGUCCUCCUGUUGCUGUAUCUUGUUGGGCUCUUCCCAAGGCACCCCCCGCCCCAAUGUUCCUGCCUAGGACCUCACACUUCCCUCUAGAUAGGAUGUCUAGUUUGCUUUUAGGUUAAGCAGCUCAUCCUUUCCCCUUUGAGGAAAUAGUCACAAUUUUCAUGUCACUGUCUUUGCAUGCGAAAAUAGCACUCCGAAUAGGCUUCCUGACAAAAGAUCUAGCUUUGUUUAAAACAGGGUUGGCUCACUUGUGGCUUACAGAUGUUGUUGGACCAACUCCUAUCUGUAGCUAUUGACCAUGUUGGCUGGACUAAUGGGAGUUGAUAGUCUUAACAACAAAUUCGGGGGCAAGGUUACCCAUUCAUGGUUUGAAAUUACUGAAUUGAUUUGGGGGUUGCAAUAUAAACAUACUUCUUAUUUAAACAUAGUUGAAUUCCUUCUAGGCAUCCUUACACUGAUAGCGGUUAAGAACAUACAAAUCUCAUUUGACAAUUUUAGUCCAUUAUGAUUCCUUUGACAGCUGUGUACAAGAACCAGGGGCAGUAUUCAACUAACGUAUAUCAUCAGUGCAAGGAUUUCUGCCUUGGUAAUGCCAGCUAUCCCCAAAUCUGCUUGAGAGUGUUGGAGGAACCCCUAGAACACAUUGAGGGAGCAUGUAGGGGGAGGUGGAAAACCUUCCAUUGCACAAGCAGAAAUACUUGCACUGAUGGAACAUUUAGUUAGCACCAUGUUGGAUACAACCCAAUGUUAUAAUCUUUCAGCGUGCUUUCUUUUGGGUGUCAUUGGCAGCAGUCUUUUCCAUACUUACCUGGGAGUAAACCCCUUUGAACACAUUAACUUCUAAGUAAACAGGAUUUUGUGGGGUUUCGGUCUUUUAGGUGGCCUCUAUAUGUUUCCAUACUUCUCAUUAACCAUGACUGAUCAUCUUGGGCUUCUUAAUCUUCGCAUUUAUAGAUUCCUGUUCCAUAGCGGCAACCCAGAACAUCCAGGAGAUAUAUUCGUCAACACAACAGUGGAAGUGUUGCCUUUUAAGGUAUGAAGACAGAGAAAUCUGUCCCCCCCCCCCUUUGUAUUUAUCUUAAGGGUAAAAAUGAGUAUCUUUCAUACAUGACAUUUCUAUUGAUGUAAGAGAAUGUGGGUUUUCUCCCUCCCCAGUGAUAGAACUAUUAAUCCCACCAAAUCUUAUCUCAAAAAACUGGAAUAAGGAAUGUAUAUGUCCAGAAGCCUGACAUUCAUGAUCUAAGUAUAACCUAGAAAAAUUGCUGGUAAACAAGAGCUGCCACUACCCACUGAAUGCAGAAUUGUAGGACUUGGUUUAGCAUUUAUAGAACUUUGCUUGUGAAAUUGACUCCAGUGGCCUUAUCAGCCUCAGGAUGCUUAGGAGGUGAUAACAAAGGCCAUACAACAGUUGUGGUUCAAAUUAGGGCUAAGAAGAAAGGCCGACAAUUCUAUUAGUAGCGUCCUCUCCUUGUGUUCCCCCCUAAAUCUUAUUGAGGGGUUCUUCCAAUUCUCUGGAGCUAGGGUUGCCAUAUCUUGUAGAGCAAAAAAGAGGACAACCUGAGCAGCUGCCAGCCUGAGCUGGGGAAAGAGGUGCGCACGCUUGGGUUGGCAGCAGCCACGGCGUGCAGAGCAGCCCUGUGCCACCCCCCAAAUAUAAACAACUCCCCGCAAACCCAGACAUUUGCUUUAAGAUGUAAAAAUCCCCCCGGAUGGGCAUGUUGGUCCCCAAAAGAGGACAUGUCCGGGAUUUCCUGGAUGUAUGGCAACCCUAUAUGGAGCCGAGUUGGGGACAUGCAGUGAACAGAAAGAGAAUGGAAGUUCCAUUGUGCAUCCAGACACUGACCAAAGGAAGGAACACAGUAAGUAGCAUAGGUGCCUGGUAUAAAAAUAUGAAGAGACUUAAAUUACCUUCUGACUUGUUAUUACAAUACCGUCAUUGACGGGACAGGGCAGGAGAUAAGGACCUGCUAUUUGGGCUCAGCAUGUCUCCUUCUGGCAUGACUGGGACUAGGAGCCGCCUUGCGUGGGGUUGCCAUUGACAUUAAGUGCAAGGCAAUAUAAGGCAAGGAGGAUUAUGAUGGGAGAGAAGAUUUGUGUAUAGCAACCUGUUCUACAGCUUUUGGGCUGUGCAUUUCAUAACGUGUUCUACAGUAUGCUUAGCUAUACCUCACAAAGUCAGUUAUAGUUCACUUGCAGAAUACUGCUCCCUCUGCAUCUGCACAAAAAGUAAAACUUUAUUUCUUUCUCCUUUUUUAAUGGCUCUGUUUGGGGGACUUCUAAUCAUGAUUUGUGUACAGAACAAAGGGACCCAUUUCCUGCUGUAAUAGAGAGUUAUCGACUGAUCAGCUUAUUUCUGUGACAUCUUUACGUGUUCAGUCAUAUAUGCUUUUCUGUUCUUGUUCUCAAUAAAUUGGUUUUUUAAAAAUCAUGAAAAAAUGGCAUUUAAAUUGUAUACAUUUUGAGGCAUAUUUCCCAUAAAUGUGUGUUGUGUACGUUUAAGUCCUAAAAUAUGCAUCUGUAUGCUUUUCUAUGCAUUCUCCCCUAGAACAUUCAGAGUAGAAUUCAACAUCGUGUUAUGAGAUAACAUUUCAUCUGUGUAAGCAUUGCAGCUUGCCAGACAGAAUGCCCUCCUCUCCUUCCCCUACAUGCUUUAUUGAGGGUUCUCCUGACCCCCUCCCAAGCCAAUUUCAGACUGUGGGGGAAACCCCAUUGUGCAGGGCUGCUUCCACUGACCAGGCUUGUUAGGUGAAUCCUGCCCUCAUUUCCCCCAUAAAAUAAGCAUUUUUACAUGCAGUUUUUAAUCUGAAUGUCAUUGCAAAAUCCAGAGAAGUGUGUUUGAUCCUUAGACUGUUGUCCCAUCGGUGAAUGAGGCCAGAAACUGUGAAAUUGGGUUGGUUCCUUUUUUAAAAUGAAGACCAAAAUUCUUCUCUAUCCCUUAUGUAUCACUACAUUGGCAUAUAACUAAUACUUCAAUUUUUUUAUCUCGCUUUUCAGAGUGAAGAGUUGGUAUUAAGCAAAGAAACCAAAGAGAAACGAUUGGAUGAUGGGUAUUUCAGAAUAGGUAAAACUGUGUAAAAGGAAGAAAAAAGAAAUGUUUUACAAAAAUAAUCAUCAACAAAACUGUUUUGUAACUGAGGUCCCAUCUGCACUAUACAUUUAGAGCAGUUUCAUACCACUUUAAACAGCCAUGGCUUUCCCCAAAGAAUUAUAGAAACUGUUAGUUAUUAGAAGACUUCUGUUCCCCUCACAGAACUACAAUUCUCAGAGUUCCCUGGGAAUAGGGAUUGGUCAUAACACCACUCCGGGAAUUGUAGCUCAACACGUGUAACAAGCUACAAUUCCCAGAAUUCUUUGGGGGAAGCUAUCACUGUUUAAAGUGGUAUAGUGCAGAUGGGGCCUAAGGCAACUUGUCUUAUGGCCUGGUCCUAUCUACCAAAGCCCUACAGAAGUUUGGGUGAUGGCAGCAGAAGCCAAAUUCAGAUCAGAUAGUUGAGCAGCGAUUCACUUUUUGGUGUUACCAAGUGUAGGAGACGGUACCCUGUAGCAUCCAACAACUGCAAGGGAUGAAGGAAAUUCUUGAUUGUCCUCCUAUAUUGUUAAAAUAAACUCUGGAUCGCUAAAGUAACAUAUCAUAGCACCAGUUCUAUAUUUUUACAGGCUGACUAUGAUGCUGCUUUUAGUUGAAACAGAGAUAAUUUAUGAUAUGAACAGAAUGAUGAGAUGGUGGUAACCCUUUAUCUAGAAGUUUCAAUUGAGAGCUGUGAUUUUAAAAAUAUGUAAGCAGGGAUAUUUAUUUAUUUUGCACGCAAAUCUCAGUCCCAAAUAAAGAAUAUAUUUGGAUGAAUGUUGAAAGUGAUAUAUAGGGUUUGGGGGUGUUGUUUUUUAACGUGAUUUAUGAACCAUUGAAGCAUUGCUCAAACUGAGGCACAAAAAUCCUGUUUUUGUCAAAAAGUAGAUCUCUGACUGCUUCCACAAACUCUACCUUUUCCUGUGUUGCCUUGGGGACUGCCGCAGUUGUGAACCCAUUUCAAAACUAAAUACAGUAGACUUACAUAUAACAUGUUCUUAUGUGAUGGCUUGUAUUGGUUGAACGUUUUCAUUUAGAAUGCCUUUUUGCUUUCUGAAGGCAAAUUUGAAAAUGGAAUGGCAGAGGGAACAGUUGAUCCCAGUCUAAAUCCAAUUGCAGCUGUCCGGCUUUUAGUAAUACAGAACUCAUCUGUCUGGGCAAUUCUAAAUGAGGUAAGAUUUCAACAGAAAUGCCUUGUAUGACCAGAAAACCAACCUUCAAACCACUUCAGGUUUAAGUCUCUCUUUAAAAUAAGUGUUUUGUGACAUUCCGAGUCUGUGGGACUAUUGUGAUAAACCUCUCAAUGCUGGCAUUUUGCAGACAGAUUUUAGUCAAUUGAUGUGGCUUCCAGACACAAGUGAUACACACUGCAGUUGUGUGAAAUCCUGAUGCCACAAGCUGACAUCUGUGUGUGUGUGUGUGUGUGUGUGUGUGUGUGUGAGUUUGCAUGCUGCUUUGAGAACACUUGGGCAUUUGCCUUGCUGAAGCACCCUAUGACAGGGGUCAGCAAACUUUUUCAGCAGGGGGCCGGUCCACUGUCACUCAGACCUUGUGGGGGGCCGGACUAUAUUUCUUUUGGGGGGUGGGGGAAUGAACGAAUUCCUAUGCCCCACAAAUAACCCAGAGAUGCAUUUUAAAUGAAAGCACACAUUCUACUCAUGUAAAAACACGCUGAUUCCCGGACUGUCCGCUGGCUGGAUUUAGAAGGCGAUUGGGCCACAUCCAGCCCCCGGGCCUUAGUUUGCCUACCCAUGCCCUAUGACAUCCUAGUGCUAUUAAGUAUUUUUUGAAUGUCAGGUUUGAACCAAAGGUGCUCUUCUCUUCAUAUCCAACCCAGAAGAGGUGUCUGCUAGCAGAUGGCAGGGUUUGUGACUCCCCCCCACCCCCGGCACCACCUCCCAUGCUGUUCCAGAUAAUUCCCAAAUCCUAGGAAGUACUUUUGGAAGGGAUUCAAAAAACAAACACUUUUCUGUUAGGUGCUGGAAGUUCUGCUCAGCUUCCCUAUUAUCACAUUCAGUUUGAAAAGCAUUUUAGGAGUCUGCUUUGUCAGCUGUAUCUAUCUGUGUGGAAAGCAACAGUUUAGAUCAGCUGGGAUGUUUCACGGUUGUGGGACAAGACUUUGUUAUGACAAAGGGCAGCUUCACAAUCAAGCGUUUCCACAGCAAACCAACUGGUUUAUAUUUAACAUUGAAAAGGCACUCUUGUGUCAAAACACAUGCGUGCAGUAUAUGCACACCCAGAAGCCAUGUUUAGUCUCUGCUGUCAAGUAGUUUGUAGAAAAUGUGGUUCAAUAACACCGGGGGGGGGGGGGAUUACAAGGAGCUGUCUUUUGCUGUAAUAUGUGGUGGUCUUUUUCAUAAACAGGUGUAUAUUUUACCAGCUGCUUUUUAUCUCCGCAUUGCAGAUUCAUAUUAAAAAGCUCCCCAACUGAUCAAUCAAGAGGAACAAGAGAGAUCUCCAUCUUUUGAAGACUUUUCUACAAAAUCCACCCCACCCCCCCAAUUGCAGAGUGAAAUCACUGAGCAUGCACCUUAUUUCCAACUCUGACUUCUCAGUGAAACUACCUCUUGUGAAAUCUACUGUAGUUGAGAAGAUAAGACUCAGCAAGAAAGAUUUAUUACAAUUUAGAAACUGACCGGUAUUAUUUAUCUUGGAUCCAUGAGUUCCUUCAUGACUCUGCUGCCUAAGGAUCACGGUGUCCCCGAUCCAAGUGAUAGGGAUACGCUACAUGGAAGUUGUACAUAUUGUUACAUUCCUCGAAGAUGAAAAAAAUAUGAAUACAUUUUAUGAAGGGGGUACUUUUUGGAGGUCCAUUUAUUUUGCUAAUUCAAGCCCUCUUUUAUAGAUGAUCAGGGAUAUAUAUUCAAAAGCAUUAGGGGGAUUUAAUUUAUUAAAAUGAUUUGAAAAGUACAUAUUUUUAUGCAGGUAAUAUAACUCGAUGCAGUUUUUUUUUAAAACGGAUUAUCUUACUUCUUGGGUUGACACUACAUUUUGCUUUGGUGAUGAAGUGACCAUAUUUUGUAAUAUACUGCCAUGGUUAGGAGUGUUAAAUGGGAGUUUAAAGAUGAAGCACUUUUGUACCAUACUAAGAACGCAACUUUAAAAACUUAUCCUGCACAAAAGUAAAUGUGAUUUUGCAUAGGACAACUUCCCCUAUGGCUUAUGCCCAAAAUCUAGGAGAUGUUGUUCAAAGGCAUAACAUGCAAGGACUUUGAAUAGCAUUACUUUCUAAUGCUCACAGUCCACAAUAUGUAAUCACAGAAAGCAUGUUGAGGAGUUUUGUACUUCAGUAUGGUGUGCGAAUCUGAAGUCUGAUUCAUCCUCUCCCAUUAAAGGGAAAUUUUGAUAAUGGAUUAUUCCUUUUUAAACCUUUGUACAAUCUUCCGAAACACAGCCAAUUUAUUCAUUUGGAUAGAAAAGCGCUCCGAUGUUUCCGCAUUUACAUUUUUGUUUUUGCUUUACAUCCCGUUUUGUAUGGUCUCUGCGCAUUCUUAUGGAAUGACUUAAACUUACCAUUUUAUUAGGGAUAACAGUGGAAAUAGGUAGAUACACAGUAACCUCAGCUGAGCUUUUUAAAAAAUGUGAUUUGUCUGUCUUUACUUUCAAGUGUUAAAAGUGAUUUUUUCCCCUUUAAGAGGGCCCAGCUCCGCUAAAAGCAUUGCACUCCAGCUGACUGAAGCAAGGGACAUCAUGUGAUUCUGGAUGCUUGUUGUCUUUUGUACUUCAAGGAAAUGAAGAAGAGAUCCUUGCUUGGUCAGUAGCCUUGAAGAGAGGCAAUUCUAGCACUUUGUGCUCUGCAGCACAGUAAACACGCAAUAGUAUGUAAUAGUUUUUAAAGAACUCUCUUAACCCUAGCCAAGAUAUGAGAAGAUAAGCUGUUGUUUUUUUUUACCUCAACUGCACACCUGUCAUUCAUGCAGGUAAACAGAAGUUUACUUAAGUGGUGGUAGUUUGUUUCAUGAGCUGAAUCUUAAGAUAAUUCUGCAUCUUGGAUGCCAGCUUUGCCAAAAAAGAACUGUCUGCCUUCUCUCAAGGGUGAAAACGAUUUGUAAAAUUUAUGCGAAUAGGUGUCUGCAAAUAGGUGUCUGCUCACCUUCCCCCUCGUGAGAUUUUUUUCUAAAAAGUGUCAUCAUAAUAUCCAUUUUAAAAUCAAGUUUCAAAUUGUUCAAGAUGUUUCCACAAUAGAGGUCCCCCCCCCAAAAAAUAUUUUUUUUCUUGGUUGAAUCUGUCCUAUAUUUAUAGACUAGGUUUGCUGAGACUCUUUCCUUCUCCAUUUGGCUGGGAAGAUAAGUAUGCGCUUAAGAUUUUAUCUUGUUUUACUACUUUGUGUGUUGCCCAAAGAAUGACUGUUAUUGGGCAUCUAAUAAAAAUAGUUAAAAAAUAAAAAAGAGAGCUUGUGUAGCAUAGUGGCCGAGAGCCUAUCCUCAAACAUCACCUUCCAUGAAAUCACUGGGUGGCCUUAGGUAAGCCACAAUCUCUGUCUUAGCUCCACAUCUGAAAAACAGGCAUAACGAGACUGCAGGGUGGUUAUAAAGAUUUAUGAGGCAGUUCAAGGCACUUAAAAACCCAAAGUGCUACAUAAAUGCUAAGUAUUUACAAUUGUCAUUGGGAAAAGUCGUAUGCUGUCUGUGGUGCCAAACUUGCAUUGAAAUUAGUGUUCGCACAACACAGUUACAGGAGCAAGUAUUUAUGCAUUUUGAACCAGUGCUUGAUGAUUUGGUAAUGCCACUGGCCUACUCGAAGGUGGGGGGGGGGUUUUGAGAAAUUCCAAGUCCGUGGGACAAAUUUCAAAGCCAACUUUGUAUGUGUUUUGCAUGGGGGAUAAUAUGCAGACCUGUAUCUCCAAUUUGAUUUGCUCUGAACAAGCUUUGUAAAAAGCCCUGGUCUUCCACUUAGCAUAGCAAAGCAUGGGGGCUACAGCUCCUCGUUAAAGGUUGGCAGUAUUGCUCCCAAGCUUGUACUGCCUAAAAGGUUUGUAAAAAUGUGUCAACAGUUGGUGGUAUGAAUUAAGGGGUUGUUUGAUCUUUUGCUACAUAGUAUUACUAAAUCCCAGAGUCCAUCAAUCAACACCCCCCCCCUUUCUAAAUUCAUUCCGUUUGUGGCAACUACCCUUCUAAUGCCCCUGAUUUUUGUCCGCCAAGUGAUCAAAUUAUUGCCUAGAAACCAAAGUGUUGUUUUCCUCCUUUUACCUAGCAGUUCAACUGGGCUUACCCCCCCCCCCAGCAAAUGCAACCUAAUCUUCCACAGUAUAUUGAACAUGUUGAUUCUGGGGUGGGUGGGAGAGAGAACACAAAUCAGCCAAAAGCAGGGGGUGUAAUACAGAGAUUGUGUGGCGAAACCACCACCAAAAGUGGUUGUUUCCCCUUACUCAUUGGAAAUAAGAAAAAAAAAUCCUGUCCUGCAAAUGUAAGUUAACUUAAUCCAAAACUUCUUUAGAUUUCUGGCCAUUCUACAAAGAUGACAAGCCUUUCAAAUUCAGUCACAUUCUCUGAAUAUCAGAUUUGUGCGUCACUUGUAUUACGGUGUAGCUAUUUGCUAAGGUUUUAAUAUACUAUUGUGAAUGUUUAUAAGCCUUAAAAAUAGCUGAGUAGGAUGACAGCCAGCAGGUUUGAUUUCUUGCUUUUAUUAGACUUUGCUAGGAAUGAUUACAGUUUUGGUAACUGAAUGAUGUCAGUGGUAAUUAAUUCACCAAAGGAGAAAUGAUGCCCCAACUCCUUAUUCCCAGUCCGCUGUGUGGUUGCCAAUUUCUGUUUCUGUGCUCGUGGAACCUGCAACUUUGGCCCUACAGCCAGCCAUGUUUCCAUUAACCAUUGACAGUACUUGCAGUACAAUUUAUUUUUUUGAGCUAGGUUUUGGUUUUGUUAAUCUUGCUGCUAUAUUUGAAAACCUAACUGGGUCAUGUUAACCGUGCCUUUCAUCAAUGUUCUAUGUGCCACAGCUGCCCAUGUAAUAUUUGAAAUAAAUAUUUUGAAAAAGCGUUAUUGAAUUCUUAACCUAGUGAAAAUAUGGAACUCUGUACAGAACAGCUUUCGGAUCGGAGCUUUUUAAUUGAUAUAUCACUUUACCAUUUGGGUUCUCUCUAAACCCUCUUUUUCCAAGGCUACUUUAGAAAGGUGCAUACCAGGGGUGGGUAACAUGUGGCCUGAAGCCCAAAUUCUGCCCAAUUGCAGGUACCUUGGUACUCGAACAACUUGGCUCCUGAACAAAUCGGCUCCCGAACGCCACACACCCGGAAGUAAGUGUUCCGGUUUGUGAACAUUUUUCAGAAGCCGAACGUCCGACAUGGCUUCCAGUUGAGUGCAGGAAGCUCCUGCAGCCAAUUGGAAGCCGUGCCUUGGUUUUCGAAUGGUUUUGAGAGUCGAACGGACUCCUGGAAUGGAUUAAGUUCGGGAACCAAGAUACCACUGUACUGCGAAUUGGCAAUGCUUGCAGUGCUCCUUGCACAGCAUUCCCCAAUAGUUUGACAAACAGGGGUAUGAUGUAUGGGAAAUUCUGCAGGAGUGGGGCAUUGCAAGUUGGAACAUUUUCUUUGGAAAAGAAAAAGAACACUCUUAAAAAUUGUUUUUAAAAGAGCAUUUUCCUCCCAAAAGAAACAAGUUUGGUUGAUACGAACUGCUGCUCUUUCUUGCAGCUUACAGCCCUGUUUUUCUCUCUCAUGAAGGAGGGGUUACAUCCAUCUAAAGUCACGGAAGCAAGCUAUUCAAUGCCUCCUUGAUUUGACAGAUGCUGAUACACUUCCAUAGAAACUGUUUCAAGGCCAAAUAAAAGUGGUCUCGGAACUGAAAGUAGUAAACAAUACAGUUGUACCUUAGAUUCUGAACAAAUUGGCUCCCCAGCAAUUGAAACCCAGAAGUAAGUGUUCUGGUUUUUGAAUGAUUUUAAGGGAAACCGAACAUCUGGCGUGGCUUCUGAUUGGCUGCAGGAGCUUCCUGCAGCCAAUCAGAAGCCGUGCUUUGGUUUCCGAACGUUUUGGAAGUUGAAUGGGUUUCCGGAACGGAUUCUGUUCAAUUUCCAAGGUACGACUGUACUUUGAAAACUGUUUACUACUUUGCUGUCUACACAGAAGAAAGCCUACUGAAUCCAAUUGGGUUUACUCCCAUGUGAAGGGAUAGAACAGUAACCAAAGAAAGUGCUUCCACUAGCACAAGGAACUACCUCCCUCACUUUCCAUGACUGCUUAUAUAUGUUUUCAGGAGAGAGGGGAGUUCAAUUGUGCAAGCAGGAAAUUGUUGAGCUAGCAGAAGUACUGUAGGAAACUGUGCUUUGUAAUACUCAUAUUUAUUAACAAAGCUGUUUACAAAUAGCAGAGUCAAUGCCUUUUCAAUGUUGCACACAGUUGUUCUUAAAAAAUAUUUAUUACAGUAAUGUACAGCUUUUCCAUUAGGAAGGGACUGCAAGAGAAUACAGAAUCACUAUAAGUCUGCAGUUGUAAAUACAUUUUUUAAAAACCAAAACUUUGUACACACUGAUCUACAGUGAAGAGUAAGUUAUUUACAGUAAUUUACAGGAGCAUCUCACCUUUGCUGACAGUGGUACAAGAGGCAAGAACAAGCAAUCCAUUAUAAAGUCUGCAGUUUAUUUCACUCUGUACGUAUAGAAAACACAAAGCAUUUUUGUGAAAUUCCAUCCCAUCGCUAAUGAAACCACAUAGAGCAGGAUGAGAAGUGCAAACGGGUAGAGAAGGAUGACUGUGUUCUUCAAGAACGGCAAAGCUGAAAGUAGGAGAGAGUUUCAAAAGUGAGAAAGCAUGCAAUUUUUCUGAAGGUGCCAAUGGCAAGGAACAUCACAAUCAUCUUAAUAUUGACAGUCCUCAACAAAAAAUCCACGCCUAAAAUAACUACUGUUUCUAGUAAACGCAUGCCCCUCCCAUCCUUUAC